GGCAGGGCAGCUUGCUGUCUGGGGCUGUUACUGCACUGUGUGUGGGUUGGCAGGCGGAGAGGAAGGUAGUGUAGAGAGCAAGAGGUGCUGGGACUGGAGCCUGGACAAGCUGCAGGAAGGGGACAAAGUUUAUGUAAGUCAUAUCACUUCUAAUCUAUCUGUUGUGGACACCAGGUAUCCCAAUUCUUUGUCUGCAUUGUGCAACUCCAGCCAUACCUUUUAGGAAGCUUCCAGUCUGCACUCACUUGGCUAUCAUCCCAAAUGUCUGAUCCAGCAUUAUAAAUGCAUGGUCUGAUGGAAAGUGCAGAAGAAAAAUUAGAUCCCUACCUAUUGUAGGACUACAAAUCCCAGAAUACUUUGGCAGCCUUAAGACUGGUAUAGCUUCUUGGUCUAGGUAGUUCCACAACAGCUGGGGCUCUGCCUAAUCACUAUCCCUGGUUUAGAGCAUUGUGUGCAUGGGUGAAUUGAUCAUUUUAACUCAAAUGGUGUUUAUUCACUAAACAGUAAAGUGUAGGAAAUGACUGAAUUGCAAGCUUUAAAUUAAAAUAAGUAAGCUGUGGUUGUAGGUAACUUGGAGACUUUGUUUUAAUUUUGCAAUUCAGUGUUUAAUUCAUCGCAGUUUACUGUUCAAUAAUCACUUUAUAAGUCACCUUUCAGUAACCAGUGUUUUUAGAGUUUGUGUUUUGCUUGAAAUGAUGGCUGUGAAUUAUUUUAAUGUAUAUUCCUGCAUUCCCAUUCUAUGCAUUAGUGUAUAUUUUUGUAGUUUCCAGUAUUUAAAAUCAUUUCAAAGUUGCUAAUCCUGUUUUUGAUAAAUAUUUGAAAUGACAUAUUUUAACCGUUUGGCUGCUGGAAAUGUGAGUGUAGGAGCUGAUACACCUACCUCUGUACUCCCUGUGUGAUUAAAAUGACGUGUGUACAAAAUAUAUAGUACAUUGUUAUAGUUCCCAUUGCUGAGUAUGGACACUGACUUUACUCUCUUUUUGGAGUUAAAGUUAUGUGCCCAGUUGCAAGUAUGUAGAUCCUUUGUCUUGUAGACCCUUUUCUGCAGAGCGCAUGAGUUUGAAUUGAAGUUCCUGUUCUGUAGUAUUACAGAGGAGAUAUAUGUGGAGCUGUAGCCAGCAUGGGGUUAUUUAAUCUAUCCCAAAUGUGUGCUUGCCACUGUUCCCUAUGCCUGUUUGUGAAUGCUGAUCCAGGGGUGACAAACUUCUCCUUCUCUUUGAAAAUGUAAUCCUUUCCUUACUGGUGGAGAAUCUUGACUUCUGAAAGCAUUAACCCAUUCUUUGGGACAUACAUUUACACGUUCAGUGCCUAUGGGUACAUCAGGGUUAAUGAGGACGUGUAUUCAGAAUUGAUUUUUAGUCCAAUGUGAUUGUGUUGUUGACACUUUAUGGGGGUGGAGGUAUGUUGACCCUCUUUGCAUGUAUGUGUGUAACACACACACACCACACGCCUGCCCUUGGUCUCUUUUGGUGCUAGGUUUUGAAAUUUCCUUGUUUAGCCCCAGGGACAUGUUCUAUUUUGUCUUCUCAUGUGUGAUCGAUUGAUUUAUUUAUUUAUUUUCAUCAGAUGAUAAACCGUACGCUGGAAUACCAGCAGUCAUACAAAACCAACAUUUUUUUUCUUAUUUAGAACUCUUUAAUCAUACUCAAUGUGCUUGUUUAUAGAGGCUGCCUUUUAGCUUCAUAAAUGGGAUAUCUUUCUUCUUUCCUCCUAACAUUAGAUUCUCAGUUGUGUGAUCUUUGAACACUAUUUGCUGCUUUUCCUUUUAUCACAGAACCCAAAAUAAAAGGUGUUUGCAAGAGGGAGCUAAAUGAUUAACUUUGUUAAAAUUGGUAUAAUCCAGGGUGCUUUUCCAAUCCUGUGUUUUAUUUUUUAUUUUAUUUUUUUCCCCUUUCAUUUUCACAUAGUAAAGUGCCCUUAGAAUAGUUUCUUGUGGUUUUACAGGUAAACCCUAUCCCUGGUUCAUCAGAAUUCUCACAAUCGAUCCUUAAAUCCCAAGACGCUAGGAGUUUCUCAUUUAUGUUCUUCUUAUUAAUUUCCAUUUACCUGCUAAUAUUUCCUGAGCCUGGAUCCAGUGGUAGGUUCUGUGAGCCAAUAGGUAAUCGUAAUGAAAAUAGUUUUUUUGGUAUGCCAAGCUUAUUGGAUGAUUCAAAAAGGACAAAAAACAAACAACUUCCAUAACAUGAUUAAAGAGUGUAUGAUUAAACUAAGUGACAAACAUAUAUGUAAAUGGGUGGAGUGCGGGGAAUAGAUCAAAAUAAAAUCUUUAAUAUGCUAACAUUAUUUGCAAAAAAAAAACCAAACAUCUGUUUAAAAUGGAAGCACAGAGAGGCCGUGUUAAUAUAUAUAUAUAUUUUUUUUUUCUUGCGAACAAGCUGUUUUCUUGAGGGAAAACAAGUAAGAAAAUUAUUAAAUACAUGGGCUUUCUACAUUUAAAGUGUAACCCUGGUGACCUUUCAAACUACUGUAAGUGUCCUUGUUUGCAUUGUAUGGCAAACAACAUAUGUUUCUCCAAAGCACAUAUUGUUGUUAAAUUAUUAAGGACUAAUGACAGUCUGUAUUGUCAUUGCAAUCUGCUCCAAAGUUAAAUAACUCUGACAUGACAUGUCCUACUCAUUUCGCACAUGCAUAGCUCUGUAAAACUAACUGUAAGUAGGGAAUUCCUUGUGGACGUAGGACCUUUUCAGAGAAGAUUUAUGAAUUAUGAUUGUUCCAUAAAGAGGAAGUGUCACUUCAGAGGUGAAUGCACAUUGUAAUGGAUACCUAAACAUUAACUAUUGUGUGAUAUAUAUAUAUAUAUAUAUAUAUAUAUAUAUAUAUAUAUAUAUUUUUUUUUUUUAAAUAAAACUGCUUUUUGCAUUUCUACAUUAUUAAACGGUCACCAACAAAAAGGUGACAUUUCUCCUUAUGUAUAUAAUGUUUUUGACCAGAAUAUUUGUAGUCCUUGUGUACAGCCAAAUGUUACACAAAUGGUGACCUAAAUUGCUGAAAUCACUUGGGUUUUAACUACUUUUAACAGUAGUUCUAGCAUAUUUUUGUCCCAACACUUUUUCAUUUAUUUGUUUGGAGAGUUUACUUUCCAUUUAACUCCAGCGAACUAGCAAGAUGGGCAAGAUAAGGCACUGGCACAAGAGAGGUUAAAUUCUUCAGUAGCUAUUGAAAGAGAAGCUUUAUGAAUGGAGCUAAAGUGAGGAGCAUGUUUGAUGGCUGGGAGCUGGGACUGUCUUCAUGCAUAAAAGGCUAAAUGAUGUAGUGCAGUUGUGUGAACUGGCAGCGAAGCAGAUGUAAUGCAUAUGGACAGACAUGCUUGCUGGGUACAUGUGUACUCUGCUCUUAAGUGUAAUGCAUUUAAAAUGAACAGGAAGGCUGAGCAAACGUCACAUGGCAGAUGAAUUGGGUCUUCCUGACCCCAUGUUUUAAAUAGAAUAUACAGACUGCUUCCUUUACAAAGAUGUUUUUUGUUGUCCCCCUUCCACCCACCCCCAACAUAGGAAAUACACUAAAAUAGAAGUACAUUAUGUGUGUAUGUAUUCCCUCACAGAGAAAAGGGUUGAUGGAUGUGCUUCAUGCAAUAAACAGCCAGGCUAGUCUGGGAAUAGCUUUACUUACAAUAUAAUUGAAGCUCUUGAAUAAAUAGUUUGAAUAAAAUAUUUCCGAACUUGCCUGAAUAUUUAUUGCACCAAGUGCAUCAACACAUGACCCACCCUAUGUUCUGUGUCCUGCUAUUGUGCAAUUUGGCAGAUGCUAAAAUUAUAUUAUUCUGAAUACUGUGUCACUGUUGGAGGAUAUUCUACUAAAAACACACUAAGGCACACUGUUAUGAGUUAUUCUGUAACAUAGCCCAAGCAUUCUCAUGUACACACAGUUUCUCUCAUAGUCAUUGCGGCUUUACUGUUAAGCGGUUGAACUAGGUGUGUAUUCUAUGCCCUGUUUGCAGUAUUUUGGUAUACCUGCCUUGCUUUUCUUAUCACUUUUCAAAGCCCAAGGCAAGCAUGUCAGAGUAGCUUGUGCGGGAUAAUGGUUAUAAAGUGUUUCUGUGAUCUUUGUAACCUAACCGUAGUACAAGAAUCUCUGUAUAUCUUGACAUAUGUACCCAUACCGGGCCCUAACUAAAGUGAAUACGAUGGGACAAUAAAACUCCAUUGACAUGGAGCAGGCAAGAUUAUGGAAAUGCCCAACAACAUCCUAAUUGACUCAUUGCCACAGUUUCAAUAGUCUUUGAGAUGCUGUCAUGCAAGGAACAAGCUAGGUGGUGAGGGAUAUUUCAUUAAGAAGAACCAGCAGUUGUUGUUUCAGAUGUAACUAAGGGGGAAUGUAGUGAGCGCUUUGUACCCACUUUAUAAAGUGACACUGUCACUCCGUACUCGCCUUUUCCCAAUCACUCCUUUUGUCUUAUGUAUUUUUCCUAAGCCUGACUUUCUUAGACUCUGGCUGGAGCUUAAGUAAGCUCCACUUCCUGUGUCUACUAACUUUUCCCCAGAAUGCUCACCUUUUCAAGCCACUCAUCCUCCAUGGUGUGAAGUGGGCAUCUGCGAGAAUUUGACCACUGAGAGCUUGUGUGGGCAGAUUAAGUCGAUACAGUAAUAGUUUUUUUUUUCAAGAAACACUAACAUGGGGGAGAUGAGAAAAAAAACAAAGAAAAAAAACUGGUGAAAUGGGGGACCUAGAGACAUUUGAAAGUGAUUGGUGCACAAUAGAGGAGUCAGGAAAAGAGUGGUGUAAAAAAAAAAGCAUCCCUGUCAUGGCUGCAUCUGUUUAGGUACACCUGUAUUUUCAGGUAAGGAGACUAUGGAAUGUGUAGAUGAGUUUUUGUUUGUUUUUUGUUUUUUUUUUCUCCACUAUACUUUGUUACAUUGAUACAAGUGAAGCUGAAAUCUUCUUUCCUGGAAUAUUUAAGCCAAAUAAUUUUAUUUUAUUUUUUAGAUUCAAUAGAGAGCUGUAAUUGAGAUUUGAGCUGAUUAUCCACUAUUCCAAUAUUGUUUUGGUAGAUUAUUUUAUACGAUCAGCCUGUAAAUGUACUAUUCCACUUUAUCCCAAAUGUGCUCUAAGGGGCUGUGCAGGACCUUUAGAGUAAACAGAAGGUACUGUCAUGUCUAUGUAAAUGGCUUGAAUUGAUGCAUGAAUCUGACUCAUUAGCCUGCUGAAAAUAUGUUAGAAAAAAUAAUGAAAUGGGAGCAUAGUCAGCACUCUUAGUUACUCUGUUGCAAUCAAAUGGUGUGCAAUAGAUAUUUAAGGGGCCGUAUUUUGCCAAGAUAACGCUCUCUUCACUUACUCAGCUCUUGGUACAAGGCAGGCUUAAAUCAAAAAUUAAUAUGUCAAAUUCAAAUCAUAUAAUUUUUGCACUUGAACUCAAGCUUCGUUGGGUAUAAUGUGAUUCCCCUCCCAUUCUUGGUUUACCCAGUUUUUGUGAAGGUGUCCAUUGCAAGCUCAUUUUCAUUUUUAUCUGUAAAGAAACCCAGAUUAAUGCUUUAGACUUUACCCUUAAAGGGUUACUCCAAGCAUCAUAACCCACUACAUAAAGAAUGCAAUUAUGUGCAAUGAAAUUGACACAGAAUUGGCAGUAGCCAGCUCGGAACUCCAGUCCCUGGCUGGCUGACAACUCUCCACUGAUGCUGCAUGAGGUGAAGUUAGACUUCUAGCAGUAGAGGGGUUAAACUCCAUAUGUGCAGUGUUUCAAUGUGAAAUGCUUCUUAUACAGUGUCAAGUUACCAGGACCACUUCAAAUUACUCUUUAAAGAAACACUCCAAGCACCAUAACCACUGCUGUGUGUUGUAGUGGUUAUGGUGCCAAUAGUGUCCUAGCACAUAUCCAGUGUAAGUAUUAAAACCAUUUUCCUACCCAUGGUCCACCAGGUGCUGCUCCUUUUCUCCACUACUUCCAAUACAGAGCAGGAAGCUCUCUGUCUGAACUAGCUCAUUGGCCAACAAGGUAAUAAACUAACUCUGUACUGCAUGGCUCAGUGUAGCAGAGCUAACAGAUUAUCUUGUUUUGGAACCUCUGUCUCUUUCUCUCCAAAACAUUGGAGGUUGUGGAACAGCGCCUGGCGAACACCAGGUAAGAAGGUGAUCUUCCUACUUGGCUGACAUCAGUAGAAGUAUUGAUCAAAGCCAAUCACAAUUUUUUCCCAUAGGAUUGGCUGAGACUGUCAAGGAGGGAGAUUAGGGGUAGAGCCAGCACAAUUCAAACACAGCCCUGGCCAAUCAGCAACUCCUCAUAGCGAUGAAUUGAAUCAAUGUAUCUUUGAGGAAAGUUCAGUGUCUCCACGCACUGCCCCAGAAAUCGCCCUUUAGCAGCCAUAUGAGGAGUGGCCAGUGGAGAUAUCCCUAGGCAGUAUUGUAAAGACUGACUUUUUUUCUCUGAAACAAAACCCAGUGAUUAUUGCAAAAAGCCUGAAGGGAAUGAUUAUACUCACCAGAACAAAUUCAAUAAACUGUAGUUCUGGUAACUAUAGUGUCCCUUUUAAAGAUUUCAUUUUCAAGCAUUGUAUUGUCAGAAAUGGCAUCUUUUACUUUUCUAUUGUAAAAAGAGAUUUGUUGAUCAUAUGCAAUACUUCUUUUCUAAUCACGUUUUGUUAAAGGACCACUAUAGUGCCAGGAAAACAUACUCGUUUUCCUGGCUCUAUAGUGCUCUGAGGGUGCCCUCACACUCAGGGUCCCCCUCCUGUCGGGCUCUAGGGGGAGGAAGGGGUUAAACUUACCUCUUUGUCCAGCGCCGGGCGGGGGACUCCUCCUCUCCUCCUCCAUAGCGACGUCAUUGGCUGAAUGCGCAUGCACGGCAGGAGCCGCGCGCGGAUUCAACCAGUCCAUAGGAAAGCAUUCUCAAUGCUUUCCUGUGGACGCUGGCGUCUUCUCACUGUGAAAAUCACAGUGAGAAACGUGGAAGCGUCUCUAGCGGCUGUCAAUGAGACAGCCACUAGAGGCUGGAUUAACCCUAUUAUAAACAUAGCAGUUACUCUGAAACUGCUAUGUUUAUAGAAAAAAGGGUUAAACCUAGCUGGACCAGGCACCCAGACCACUUCAUUAAGCUAUAGUGGUCCUUUAAUGUGCAUCAUUUGAAAAUGUUCCCUAGAUGAUGCUUGUAUAGUACAUGACAAUCCCAUGAGUUCAGCUGUUUCUAGAACCCCCACAUCUGGCACUAUUGUAACCCAGGGCUCUUAUCUUCUCCAUUGUUUGUCUGAACAAACAGCUAAAGUUCAGUUUCAGUAAUGUCUUCCUGAUUUAUGUACUGCUUGGCUCUUCUGUCAAGAUUGCCUGGACCUUUUCCAUAAGCUUGUUAAACCUUGAUUUUAAAGUUCCCUUGAGUACCCAUAAAAUGUUGACAUGCAAAUUUUAUACUGAACUUUUAUUCAGCGGAAUUCAUUUGUUAAAGAGAUACAUUAAGCACCAUAAUCACUGCAGCUGUUAUUGUAGUGAUUUUAGUGCAAGGAGUCUUUGGUGCUUUCCUAAGUAUGUGGGGAUCACUUACACAUUAUAUGUUCCUACAAAUCCAUCCAACUUUUGGAUGAUACAAAUUUGCUUUGUACAUAUAAUCAUAAUUUAUAGUCACCACGAUAUCUUGGAAACAACAGAAGGGAUGUUUCAUGGUGCCAGGCUAUCCCUGUUGUCAUUUUGAGGACUACCCUGGGGUCAAUUGCCCUUUUUAAAUCUUAAAAUUAAAUUUGCACGUUAAUGUUAAAUGGUUUACAUUGGAAAUUAAACCUUAAUAAACAAUAAAUAAAACGGCAAUAAAAAAUAUAUAUAUUAUUAUAACAGGAGGUGCUUGGUGUGUAUUUUGGAAUAUUACUGCAGGGUUUGUGCAGGUCCUUUGCUAGCCCAGCACUGUGUGGGUUUGUGCAUUGGUUUGCUGUAGUCCUGAACUGCAGAAUGCUGUGCGAUAAUGAAGAGAUUGUAUAAUGACUCUGGGCUGAGAUGAGACCGUGUGCAUGACACACGCUGAUUGUAUUAGUAGCAAUGGAGUCAAGAAUAACAGACACAGUUAUUCUCUAAAGCAGGGUUGCCCAACAUGUAUAUCUCCAGAUGUUGUGGAACUACAACUCCCAUGAUGCUUUGCAUGCCUUUAGAAUGACAAAGCAUAAUGGGAGUUGUAGUUCUACAGCAUUUGGGAAUCUACCUGUUGGUCAGCCCUGCUCUAAAAUGAGAAUUUAAAGUCAAAUUUUAAAUCAAAACAGCUGAAGUGGAAACAUUCUCCAAGUCCGUUGUACUUUCCAUUUGGCCGCGUGCGGCUCCUGAUCUUAAAGGACCACUCUAGGCACCCAGACCACUUCAGCUUAAUGAAGUGGUCUGGGUGCCAGGUCCAGCUAGGAUUAACCCAUUUUUUUUUUUUUUUUUUAAUAAAUGGGUUAAUCCAUCCUCCAAAUCCUCUAGUGGCUGUCUCAUUGACAGCCGCUAGAGGCGUUUGCGUGAUUCUCACUGUGAAAAUCAGUGAGAACACGCAAGCAUCCAUAGGAAAGCAUUAUGAAUGCUUUCCUAUGAGACAGGCUGAAUGCGCGCGUAGCUCUUGCCAUGUGUGCGCAUUCAGCCGAAGAGGCGGAGAGGAGGAGGAGAGCUUCCCUCCCAGCGCUGGGAAAAAAAGGUAAAUUUUACCCCUUUCCUCUCCCCAGAGCCAGGCGGGAGGGGGACCCUGAGGGUGGGGGCACCCUCAGGGCACUAUAGUGCCAGGAAAACGAGUAUGUUUUCCUGGCACUAUAGUGGUCCUUUAAAUCUGAAAAUCACUUUGAAUUCUCACUUUUGUUAAUCUUUUGCAGAUCUCUAUGAAUGCUCUGUCUCACUGUACAGGCCAUACUGAUGAAGUUUGGAGACACAUUUGUAUUUGCACCCCAGGCCAAACAUUGUUAGUCCUCCCUUACCUGUUUCUCUGAGCCUGAUAAAAUAAUUUGAAGGGAAAAAAAACAACUGGAAGAGUUGAGCCCAAGGAUUAAUUUCACCAUGACCACUGCAAACCGCUGAAGUGAUUAUGGUGCUACAAGUGUUCAUUUGGCAUCAAUUGUGCUUCACAAAUGUUCACAAAUUUUUUAACUCCUUACAUACUAACAUCUCUUUACCUAAGAAGCACUUAUCAUGUUGCUGCGCUGUACUCCACGUUACAUAAUCCCAGAGGAAUGUAUGCGACGGGGAGUGUGGUUUCCUGUUUGCUGCUUGUGGAAGUCGAGUAGGAGCCAGCCUGGCAGAGAGUGAAUGCAGAUCUUUAAAGGUGUUAACCAAUUCCAUUCGAUCUGUUCUAAUUGAAGAAGAAUUAACUGCUAAUGAAAAUCAUUGGAUGAAAUGCAGUUAAUAAUAGUUAAUAAUUUUAAGAGAACUUCUGAAACUCUUGUAGCUAAAAUAAUUUGUUGCUUUGUUUAUCUGCUAGCCCAAGGAUAAGAAGUAACAUUUAUCUCACUAUAAAUGUGUCAUUGUUUUAAUAGUGAUACAAAUGGACAAUAUUCUAAAUAUUACGAAUAACUUUAAUCGCAGUUUAUAUUUUCAUAAAAUUUAGUUUAGAUCAGUAUAAUGUCCCUAUGUGUUUUUUUUUUUUUUUUAAAAGCCACUCCAAACUCCUUUUGGCUCCAUUGCUGUUAGAAAAUAUCUGACAUUUAUAGAGCAACACUCUAGAAGUGUGUUGUGACCGGACUCGUCUCUAGAAUAUAUUAUGACUUAGGGGUGCAGGUAAACUAACCAGAAAAUUAGAAAAACUUUUAUUUAUUUAUUUAUUUAUUUCUAGUCAAGAGGGAGCCCACACACCACAAUUGACAAGCAGAUAGAAAUAGAAGAAUCUUUACACAGGAUGUACAGCAGUCACAUUGUUCAUGGUAAAUACCCAUUUAAAUCCUAAAUUAUUUAUUUUUUCUUCUUCCUUAAAGGACCACUAUAGUGCCAGGAAAACAUUCUCGUUUUCCUGGCACUAUAGUGCCCUGAGGGUGCCCCCACCCUCAGGGUCCCCCUCCCGCCCGGCUCUGGAAAGGGGAAAAGGGGUUAAACUUACCUUUUUCCAGCGCUGGGCAGAGAGCUCUGCUCCUCCGAACCUCCUCUUCUCCUCCCCGUCGGCUGAAUGCGCGCGCGCAUUCAGCCGGUCACAUAGGAAAGCAUUCAUAAUGCUUUCCUAUGGACGCUGGCGUGCUCUCACUGUGAAAAUCACAGUGAGAAGCACGCAAGCGCCUCUAGCGGCUGUCAAUGAGACAGCCGCUAGAGCAAAUAGGGGAAGGCUUAACCCAUUCAUAAACAUAGCAGUUUCUCUGAAACUGCUAUGUUUAUGAAAGAAUGGGUUAACCCUAGCUGGACCUGGCACCCAGACCACUUCAUUAAGCUGAAGUGGUCUGGGUGCCUAGAGUGGUCCUUUAAGAACUUUUAAAAACCAUGACUUUGUAUUCAUAAACUAAAACAUUCUUAUGAGAAUCUGUCAUUAUACAUUUGAUGCUUUUUUAUUUUUAAAAGGAACACUCAAGCAUUAGAAAUACAAAAGUAUGUUCCUAAAGCUUAGUGUUCCUGUCCCUAUCUAUAGAUUACUUACCUUCUCCCUCAGCGCUGCUUACCUCUCCUCCUCCCCUUGGGUCAUGGAUAAGGCAGGGCCUCCUCCAGAGUCGAUCCAAUCCAAUGCUUCUAAUAGGGGAGCGUUAAAAAUCAUGCGCUUGAAAUUCUCCUAUUUGAGACCUUUAACCAUAUUUUCUUGAUUGCUCCAGCAGCAAUGAGCCUCUAGAAGCUCUUUGUGACAGCAUCUGGAGGUGUGUUUAACUCUGCAAUGUAAACAUUUCAGUUUCUAAAAAGAAAAACACCAUAGAAAAAAAUGCUAUGUUUACAUAAGAGGGUAAAACCUACAGGAUCAUAGCACCUGGGUGACUUUAGUGGUCCUUUUAAAGACUUUGUGUUAAUUAUGGUUAGUGACAAUCUAUAGAAGCAUGGAUUCUAGCUUACCAAGCUAUGGUCUGAUCUGUACAUCUUUGGAGAGCUAUCUUGUAAAGUGUUCUGGAUCAGAGCUCUAUAUAAGAACAAUGAAAUAAACUCUAUAAAAAAUGCUGCCCAUCCAGAGUAAUCGUUCUUGGAAGCAUGACUCCUCAUUUUAAUGGACAUGUCAACCUUUUACUGGCAUUUUUAAAGAAAUCAAUGGGGAGUAGUCUGCUGCAUUCUUAAUGGGCUUGUCAGACCUUGGUAAAGGAACUGUCUUGGGAAUACAAAUACUAGAAUGCUUAAGAAAAGUCUGUGUACUUUGACAUGCUUAGUAAGCUCUGACUCAGAUUCUAUUGACCUAAAGUGUGUCCCUCUCUGCUGGGAUACAGUGUUAAGCUGUGCUGUUUUAAUGUUCUAUCCUCCUCUUACUUGUUUACACGAUUUAUGCUCUGGGCAGAUAUGUAUUUGCUGAGCAGUAAAAUUAGAAUUCUUCACUGAUAGUUGUUAAACACAUCAAAAUUCAUGAUCAAGCCAGGUGUAGCUAGAAUGGUGUCAGUAUAGUGUCUGGAGUUUCUAACUGUAUGCGAUAACUUGGCAUGGGUAUCGUUGAUUGACAGGAGCAUCUUGUAUUCCCUGUGUUUGAUCCUUGCCAUAUGACCUGCAAGGUUACUUUGGACCCGUGCAUGCAUUGGCAGACUGGAGUCUCUGUAUUCACUAAUUGCAUAUCUGAUUAUAUUCAAGAGGGCUGAACUUGAUGGACGCAAGUCUCUUUUCAGCCAUGUAACUAUGUAACUAUAUUCUUGCUGAGCCCAGUAGAGUUGACUUCAAGGGGUUUACAGCUCAAUUCAGUAAGAACCUGGUAGCAACAAAUCCCUAUGGGAUUUCUCUAAGCCCUGCAGUCUUUCCUGUCCCAAUUCUUCAGAUUCUGUAAUUUUCUACUUAAAAGAAAACUUAUGAAAAGGGUGUAUGUUUACAUGGGGUACCCUGGGGCAGUGUGGAAUGGUAGGUAUACUUGCCUCAGUCUAUCUCCUUGGCAAUGCCAUCUUCGCAUGUCAGGAGUCACAUAACUGGGGGUAGUCGUGUUCAACAACACAGGAAAGUGUCUGGAAGACCAUAAAUUAAUUGAGGAUGACUUCUGUGCAAAAUAAAGAACAAAUGGGUAGCCCAACCAGCUGCCAAAAAUGUGGAGAUAAAAAUGAAGCAAGGUCUCUGAGGAAAAUCUGCCAAGGCAUGGAAAUGGUUUAUUUUAUUUAUUUUUUUACACGUGGUGCUCCCUCCUGUUGUUUCCUAACUUCCUUUUACUAUGCUGGAAUAAAAAAAUGUUUGCAUCUGUUCCUGAGCUGGUUCAGAUAUACCUUGGUGUUUUAUUUUUUUAAUGUAUGUAUGUUCCACUUUAAAUCUGUGAUCAUAUCAAAAUGUCAUUUUUUUUCUGAUCAUUCCCCUUUAAGACAGAUCGAGUAUUGGCGCAGAGUAGAAUGCAAAAAAAGCUUCAUUUAAUUCUAUUCGUCAUUUUCAUGUGCAUGGAAUUGAGACUCCAUAGAGCCCACUGAAAUAUUCUGUCUUAAACCCUUCAACGCAUACUAAAUGUAUCUCAUUUACAAUUCUGCAGAAUUCUUUGUUUUUCUUGAAAUCCCAAGAGUUUUCCUCUGACUUAGAGUGUGUGUAUGUUACCUUUUUUUUCGUGAUCACGUUUCAGUCUGGUGUUUGAUUACCAACUUUUCCACAUUCCUGCAAUUCUUUGCUAACUACCCAUUUUUCAGACAGAAGCAACUGCCAUACUCCAUGUUUUGAUGAAAACCCAUGCUUGCAGCUAAUGGCCUAAACCUAAAUACUAUAACAUGAAGUCCAAUCAUGUAUCAUGUUAUCCUGUGAGUUAAGCUGGUGAUGAUUCCUUCUUAGCUCCGUUUUAUCCUGAAUGCUUGCAUUUGCUUUCUAAAAAUGUAAUGUUACGUGUUAUUUAUUUAUUUAUUUAUUUAAAAUCUUCUACUAUUUUUUUUUUUUUUUACAAGAAAUGAAAGUAUAAGCAAAUGCAGAAACCUCUUUAUAUUUGUAAUGGUCUGUGUAUAUUGUAUUGUCUUUUUCUCUAAUUGUACAGUGCUACAGAAUAUGUUGGCACUUUAUAAAGGCCAUUAAUAAUAUAUCACAGACUAAGGCAAUUUAAAGGAAUACUCCAAAUCCCUGAAGCACUUAAGCUGUGCUUAUUUGCCUUUAUUUUAUAAAAGUGAUGAUAUUCAAUGCAUCUUUAGGACACACAUUGCUGGUGGAACACAGUGAUUGCUGCGCAUGCGCAGUACCUCCAAAUGCUUCACUCACAGAAUCACUGGACUGACACUGCAUUGCAAAUAAGUAGUUUAAUUUUUAGGAAACUUACAUUGUUCUUCACUACAGUAAACAUUAUAAGGUUAAAUCUAACUGAACUUAAAAUCUAAAGCCUGACCUGAAAGCAUAGUGGACAGAGAAUUUUUCAAGUUAUCAUUUUGAAUUCUCACUUUGGUGAAUAACCCUGUUAAAGGGACACUAUAGUCAUCAGAACAACUACAGCUUAAUGUAGUUGUUCUGGUGAGUAUAAUCAUUAUAUGCAAGCAUUUUCAUGCAAACACUGCCUUUUCAGAGAAAAAGCAGUGUCUACAUUGCCCCUAGGGACAGCUCCAAGUGACCACUCCUCAGAUGGCCACUGGAGGUGCUUCCUGGCUCGGUGCUGCACAGGAGGCAGUACUGCCAUUCAGCGUCUCCAACCUCUGCAUGGGGACGCUGAAUUUUCCUCCGAGAGAUGCAUUGAUUCAAUGCAUCUCUAUGAGUAGGUGCUGAUUGGCCAAAACGGUGUUGAAUCAAAAUAAAUUCAAAAUAAAUGCUGAAUCAAAAGAAAUUCCAUGUAAUGUUGUAAAAUGUUAUAAAGAUACUGAUUUAAGUGUUUUUGUUUUUUUCCUUGAUACAUUAUUUUGCUCACAUAUCUACUGGCUUGAAAGAUGGGUCUUUUAUGCAUCCAGUGUGUUGCAUAAAUUAUUUUGUUUUGUAUUUUUUUUUUUCUCCAAUGAUCUAAACAUUAUUUGCACACAAACUGAAGAAGAUUGUGUUUAUUUUUAUUAUUUUUUUUUGUAUAAAAGCAAACCCUUGCUAUUUGCAUUGUUCUUGCAAAUCAGUAUUCGUAAAGGGGUUAACUAACAUUUCUGCCUUUCACAAACAGUCUCCUUGGCGAUCCCCAUCUACCUGCAUGUGAAUCACAUGACUUGGAAGGUGACUGCCACCUGUUUGAUCUUGUAUGUUGCACGCAACAGUAGCCUAGUGAUUUAACCCCUUGAGUGCCCUGCUUGUGCCUGACAUUACAAAACAUUAAAAUGGUUAAGUAAAAACAAUUUGAAACAAGCAAAAUAUGUUGAGUACACUCUUAACUCUGCUAAGUCAGUUUCAUAGUCCAUUUAAAUUAUAACAAUAUAUUUCCGCCCUCCAUUUAUCAACUGAUUGUUACUUUGCUGUUGUCGAACAUUCUUUAAAUUCUAGUCGUUUGUCAGUAAUGCAUUUUGUAAACUGAUGAGUGUAGAGAUGGUUCACAAUCAUGCACAAGCUUGCUGUACAUCAGAUUACAGGCCACAUUAAAAGCAUUUGCAUACAAACACUCCUGUCAGGGCAGGUGCAACAAUUUUUGCCGCCCUAGGCAAAAGAAGUGUCACACCUCCCCAUGUGACAUCACAAUGCCUCAACCAUAUCAUCUGUCAUUUGAACCAAUGCCAGUGCUGCACACAGUGUGUGUUUUUACAUUAAAAACCCUGCAGGGACAGGCUAUAGACACCAGAACCACUACAUUAAGCUGCAGUGUUUCUGGGGACCAUAGUGUCCCUUUAAUGUGAGGUAAAUUAGAGAUUGGUGCCACAAAUAUACUAGAUUGCCUACUUACAACCAGAUGGUCAUGGGCUCUGGCUGCAGUCUGGCUCCACUAUUCUGGUUGCUGUUUGUAACUGUGGUCACAAAAAUCAAUGUUCUUGGAGAAUGGGAAGCAGCUCCAUUUUUUUGGGAACCUUUCAAGGUCUGGGCCUCAGGGCCUGACUGUGAGUAUGCUCUACUCUCUCCCCCCACCCCCUUUAGUGGACUCUACUCUCUCUCCCCCCCUUUAGUGGACUCUACUCUCUCUCCCCUUUUAGUGGACUCCUCUCUCUCCCCUUUGAGUGGACUCUCUCUCUCCCCCUUUAGUGGACUCUCUCUCUCUCCCCUUUAGUGGACUCUCUCUCUCUCCCCUUUAGUGGUCUCUCCUCUUCUCUCCCCCUUUCCAUUGGUGGUCUCUCCUCUUCUCUCCCCCCUCCUUUCCAUUAGUGGUCUCUCCUCUUCUCUCCCCUUUCCAUUAGUGGUCUCUCUCUCUCUCCCCCCCUCCCCUUUAUUAAUGGUCUCUCCUCUUCUCUCCCUCCCCCUUUCCAUUGUGGUCUCUCCUCUUCCCCCUUCCCAUUAAUGGUCUCUCCUCUUCACCCACCCUUAGUGGUCUCUCUCCUCUUCACCCACCCUUAGUGGUCUCUCCUCCACCCCCUCCCUCCCUCAGUGGUCUCUCCUUUCCCCCUACCUCCCUCCCAUAGUGGUCUCUCCUUUCCCCCUACCUCCCUCCCAUAGUGGUCUCUCUCCCCCUCCCUCACUACCUCUGUUGUAGCGUGGCCGAGCUCCGGUCCGGUCCGCGGUACAGGAGCUUCUGUUUCCUGUACCCGGCCGGACUGACAGGAGGUGCUCACUGAGUCAGCACUUCCUGUCAGUCCGGCCGGAACAGGAAACUGAUUCUCCUGUCUCGUGGACCGGAGCUCGGCCACGCUACAACAGAGGGACUGACAGGAGGGAGCGCUGUGUGCUUCCCUCCUGCUGAUCCAUCUCUUCUUGGAUGCCCUAAUGGACGUCCGGAGAGAGCUGCAGCUGCAUGAGGCUCUCUAUAGAGCGCUCAGGUGGCUGCAGCAUGAGGGGGGCCGGCGCUCCUAAAGACUAGGAAGUGAAGUUGAAGACCAGGAAGUGGCAAGCAUGUGUUCAUGUGUUUAUGGGCUAUAUAGUACAGCUGUCUUGUGGCAAGUACUGUUAUUGAGUAAAAAUAACUUGUUUAAUAUUGAAUGGCAGCUGUUAUAUUUAAUUUUAUUUUAAAUGGUGUAUGUUGUCAGUCAUGUUUCUGAUAAAGGAGAAUAAAAUCUGCAUUAUUUCAUUUUUGAAAAAUAAUUUUCAAAAUCCAUAAUGGUCUACCUAUUCUGAAAAGAUUUUGGAUUUGGACUGAUCCACCCUCUUUUGGCCCAGCACCAACUUCCUUGUUUAUGCUAGGCAGUGGCCAAUCAAAAGCCAAAUCGAAGUAUGCUUUUAUGGAUUGCACCCGAAAACUCUUAAUAAAAUCAUUUUUUAUUUUUUAAAUUUAUUUAUGCUUGCAUUGUGCUAGAAUGGAACUAUACCUUCUGUAAUUAUGUUAAUGUGUAGUUAGAGCUAUUUCCUUAACAUCAAAAUAACAUGUAUUAUGAAUAGGGUGGAUGGGGACUGCAACAAAGAGCUCAUUGGAACGAAGAAUGUUUAUUAUGUUUGGAGUGCGUCUUUCAAACCUUUUAGUCAAGUAUUGAUACAUCUGUUUUAAAAGCUGGGUCUGCUUAGUUAAAAGGCAUAUGUAAUGCAUCAUUUGGAAGAAGAACUGUGCUUUACAGGGUUAUUAACUAAAGUAAGAAUUGAUUUUAAAUUUAAGGCCCAAAUAGGCAACCUAGAAAAAAUUAUUCAAGUCCGCUAUGCUUCCAGUUUGGCUAGUUAGAUCUUAAACUUGACAUUCACUUUUAAUUCACUGUAAAUCCUCAAAAAUUCUAAGUUUAACAAAUUACUUAUGAAAAACCCCCACUAUAGCAUUGGGACUACAAACAUGUAUUCCUGAUGCUAUACUGUCUUAGUGCCUAGUUAGAUUAUUGAAGCUCCCCUCCACAAUAAGGUAAGCAAAGCAAUCUACUUACUUUACUCUGUUGCUAUGUUUAUCUCUUCAACUCCACUUCCUGUGCUAAGAUGAUCAAUCUAGAUGAUCUCAGCCAAUCCAAUGCUUCACAAUUGAAAGACUAGUGCACGUGCGCCUAAAAAUUCCAUACUGCGCCAAUCAAAUGUUCUCUAUGAAAAACAUUUGCUUGAAUACCAGUCAGACUUGGUUAUUUAGUGAAGACUGUCCCUAGAGGUGUGUUAAACCUGCAAUGAUAAAAUUGCCAUAUUUACUAAAUGGCAGUGUUUUACAUUGCAUGGUUAAAUUUAAAGGGUCACUGCACCCAGACCACUUCAUUAAGAUAAAGUUGUCUUGGUGCCUUAACUGUUCCCUUUAAGUAAUUCUCAACCGUUGGGUUUCAUAAAGUCUCUGACAGAAUCUGCCUUAAUAUUUUUAAUUGUAAGUGUUGAUUUGGAGGGAUACAUAACAAAAGGUAUGAUAGAUGAGGGAUGCCUAAUCUAAAAAAUCCAGUCUAAAUUCUAUCAGAAUGACUAACAAAACAGGAUUGUUCUAUGAAAGUUGAAUGGCUGUAUUUAUGACCUGGAUUAACCUUGGAUUAUAGAGACUAAAACAGAACAUAACCUAUUUUAUAUAUGCUGUGUUUAAUAUCGUUUUUAUUUUUUCUUCUAUUUUUGCAACAUCACAUACCCAAACUUCCUCCUUUUGUUUACAGAAAUUAUUGGAAGAAUGUUUUUAUUAGAUUUAAAUCUGCAUUUGUACACUUUUAGAAUAUAAAAAAAAAAAAAUAUAUUAUAUAUAUAUAUAUAUAUAUAUAUAUAUAUAUAUAUAUAUAUAUAUAUAUAUAUAUAUAUAUAUAUAUAUAUAUAUAAUAUAUAAAAUCUAUUUGGGGACAUGGUCCGCUUUUUGUUUACUACGUUGUUUUUUUUUUUUUUUGUUUCCCUGUGUUUUGUGCGCUCUAAUGGUACAAAAUAUAAAACCUAAAACAUAUAUAAUAUUACUAGGGACCCUACAAGUCCUAUAUCCCCACAUAGCCUGGAUCUGAGUGCCCAAAGUGUCCAAAUAGCACUUAGAUCCCACGAAUACAGCCACCGGGGUAAUGUUUUGACUGACCACACAUGUGGCGUCUGCCCAAAAUAGUUCCAGAAGAAAAGUGGUAGUGGUUGGUCACUUUUGGAAAUCACAAAACGAAAUAAAUACCGAAUAGUUCCCCUGGCUCAUAGGUAGAGAUUGUUCGUCUAGUUUGUGAGUACCUUUUCAUGGAAUAGCGCUCUCCUGGCUUGUCGGGAAUAGAAGCCGGCGUUGGUACAAAGUUACUGGUGUUUGAGGGUUAGAAUGUCCGACUUGGAGUUCCAGACACUCAAUGACUAAGUACUGCUGCCUGCUUUCGGGAAACAAGAUGGCUGUCGUUUUCCAGCGCACAUGUUCACUUAUACGAAUGGCGGCUGCACAGGGAGGGCACUUAAUGGACCACUCUAGUGUCAGGAAAACUUGUUUUCCUGGCUCUAUAGGGUCUUUGGGUCCCCCCUCCCGCCGGGCUAAUGGGUGAGCAAAGGGUUAAAGGCUUACCGUUCUCCAGCGCCGGGCUCCCUCGACGCUGGGGACUCUCCUCCCUCUUCUGACGUCACCGGCUGAAUGCGCAUGCGCGCGCAUUGUCAGUCCAUAGGAAAGCAUUCUGAAUGCUUUCCUAUGGUCACUGGCGUCUUCUCACUGUGAAAAUCACAGUGAGAAGUGCAGAAGAGCCUCUAGCGGCUGUCAAUGAGACAGCCACUAGAGGCUGGAUUAACCCAUAUGUAAACAUAGCAGUUUCUCUGAAACUGCUAUGUUUACAGCAGGCAGGGUUAACCCUAGAUGGACCUGGCACCCAGACCACUUCAUUAAGCUGAAGUGGUCUGGGUGCCUAUAGUGGUCCUUUAACUUUGUGAUUUCUUUGAAGUUAAUGAGCGAGGGGGUGGUUGGUGUUCGGUAGAUCAAACUACCAAAUGCAGGGGAAAUAACUGGGGAACUGGAAAUCACAGGGCUUUUUACAAUGAGUUUCCUACACCUGGCCUUUCUUCUUUAAAGUGUUAUGCUAUAUAGUGCUCUUUGUUGUAUUGCUCUUACCUUUAAUCUGAUCUCAUUGUAUUGUGUAGCAUUUUAUAUAUUUUUAUUUUUCUCCUGAUACAUUCAGAUAAGCUCAUUGUGUGCUUCAAGAGUGUUGGGUAGAAUGUAAAUAUUUCAUAUUCUAUUUCAUGGUCACUAUACUUAAAUGGUUUAUGAAAAAUAACUCUUAGUAUGUCUGAUUCUGCGGAAUUUAAAAAAAAUACUCCCCAUUCCUACAAGAAAUUAGAGGUAAAAAGAGAGGAAAUAGCCUAUAAGUGUGCUCGGAGGGUGAGGUUAUUACGUUAUUAUAUUACAUUAUAUUAUAUAUACUAAUAUAUUUAUCACCUAUUAUGUGUUUUUUAUAUAUAUAUAUAUAUAUAUAUAUUUAUUUAUUUUGUAUGAGGUAUUUUAUUGUAAUAUUGUAUCCUUUUGUAACAAUGCAAUCUUUUGUGGACCCAGGAUAUACUGGAAAACAAUCGAAAUCUCAAUGUAUUCUUCCAGGUAAAAUAUUUUAUAAAUAAAAUAAAACAUUAGACAAGGCUUAGUGGAAGUAUAGACAACUGGUUUACUGAACAUCUGGCAAGAUAUUCCUUACCUCCCAACAUUUCAGAAGGACAAAAAGUGACACUUUAAAUGUAGGAGUGUAAGUGGCAGGGCCAGUGCAAAGAUUUCUGCCGCCCUAGGCAAAGAUCCAUUUUGCCGCCUCCUCAUGUCACUCACUGACACACAUACAAUCACUGACUGACAGACACACACACACUCACUCACUGACAGACACACAUACAGGGACCCCCACCCUCAGUGACCCCCUCCCGCCGCGCUCUGGGGAGAGGAAGGGGUUAAACUUACCUCUUUCUCCAGCGCCGGGCAGGGAGCUCUGCUCCUCCUCUCCUCCUCUUCUCCGCAUGCGCGGCAGGAGCUGUGCGCGCAUUCAGCCAGUUCAUAGGAAAGCAUUCACAAUCCUUUCCUAUGGACGCUGGCAUCUUCUCACUGUGAUUUUCACAGUGAGAAGCACGCAAGCGCCUCUAGCAGCUGUCAAGAGACAGCCACUGGAGGCUGGAUUAACCCUAAUAUAAAUAUAGCAGUUUCUCUGAAACUGCUAUGUUUAUAAAAAAAAAAAAAGGGUUAACCCUAGAAGGACCUGGCACCCAGACAACUUCAUUAAGCUGAAGUGGUCUGGGUGCCUAUAGUGGUCCUUUAACUUUGUGAUUUCUUUGAAGUUAAUGAGCGAGGGGGUGGUUGGUGUUCGGUAGAUCAAACUACCAAAUGCAGGGAAAAUAACUGGGGAACUGGAAAUCACAGGGUUUUUUACAAUUAGUUUCCUACACCUGGCCUUUCUUCUUUAAAGUGUUAUGCUAUAUAGUGCUCUUUGUUGUAUUGCUCUUACCUUUAAUCUGAUCUCAUUGUAUUGUGUAGCAUUUUAUAUAUUUUUAUUUUUCUCCUGAUACAUUCAGAUAAGCUCAUUGUGUGCUUCAGGAGUGUUGGGUAGAAUGUAAAUACUUUAUAUUCUAUUUCACGGUCACUAUACUUAAAUGGUUUAGAAAAAUAACUCUAAGUAUGUCUGAUUCUGCGGAAUUUAAAAAAAAAAAAAAAAUUUUGGACACACAAUUGCCAAUUACCUCUUGUACCCGUCCAUUUGUCUGAACGCUGCUCAUUCUUUACAGGAUGCAAAUUAGAAAGACCCUGUCAUUUCAGCAUCGCUGCUUAGAAACAAUGUUAUUUUGUCUUGAAAUCAAUGAAAGAUUGAAUACAUUAGUAAACACACUGUGUUAAUUGUCAGUUUACAUGUUUUCACUUGUCCCCCUUCUCCCCCCUCCUAUACAUUCUGUGAUAAAUAGAUUUUGGUUGUAAAGUGCUUAAUAAGUUUAACAUGUUAUUGCUGAAUUAUUUUCUGUUGUGAUGUGAAGUCUUAAUAAGAAAGUAUGGAGUCAUUCUGCAACUUAAAAAAGCAAACCAGCUAUAUAAUAACAAAAUGGAACUGUCACCCUGCAGUAUUUUCAAUAUUAUAUUUACUUAUCCUCUGUAUCCGGGUUUGUCAAUCUUCAGCACUUCAGAUGUUAUGGACUUCAUGUCUUCCAAUGCCUUGCCAGCAAUAUGGUUGUUACAGCAUUAUGGGAGAUGUAGGCCACUACAUGUGGAGUGCCUAUGGCGACCUGGUCCAUACACUGCUCUACACUUUAUCAGAUACAUGUUUUGUGAGGUAUGAAAGUAAAUUAAAUGAAGGAUUCCAUGCUACUGUGGUUGGUAGUUUGCUUUAUUAAAAAAAUAAAUAAAUUUAAAUGGACAGUUCAAUGAAGUGGUCUGGGUGCCAGGUCCCUCAGGUUUUAACCCUUCAGAUGCAAACUGCUAUGUUUACAUUUGGGGUUAAGCCAGCCUCUAGUGGCUGUCUUCCAGAGAGCCUAGAGAGAAAUCCCCCAACAGCUUUCUUUAAAAAUCUUUGUGGAGGUGAAGAUAACUAUUCACCUGGAGGGAACAGAAUGUUUCUCUUCCUCCAGUGCAUUGUGUGGACUGAACUUAGUGGUUCAUACCACAUGAAAUGGAGCAUCACACGAAAAUGGAGUACACAUUUAUGGGUGAUUAUCAAUUUAGAAUUUUAUAAAAUACUGGUAUGGGUAACUUUUUAAUUUAUUUAGAAGAAUAAUUUACAGGAAAGUAACAGUUCAUCUCAGAUAUACUCACAACCACGUUCGCUUCCAUGUAAUUUUUUUUUUUUUUUUUUGUAAUGACUUCACCAGACGAAUUUUGUUUGAACUUGAAGAGAUCCCUUCAGUAGGGCAGUGAAAUUUCAUAAAGUAUUAUUUCUUUAAACCAAUUAUUAACUUAUGAACUGAAUAAGCCAUGUUUUAAAAUUCAGAAAAUGAAUCGGGCCAAGUUGGCUCACGAUUGAAAGGGUACUAGAGAAUGGACACAUUGGGCUAUCCUGUAUUUUAUUGAAAACAACCUAUUGAAGGGACAUUACUCUUUUCAAAUCACAAUAUUUGUGGAAACAAGCAAAAAUAUUUUUGUGCAUUCUGUUCUACGAGAGAAAAUACUUGAUAUCAUUUACUGUGUAAUUUGCUGCCUGUCUGUACUUGUGUUAAUGCCACCUCCCCUUCCACCAUAUGAAUUAAAACACAAUUAAAAAAUAAAUACGUUUCUUGCCUUUUUCUAGCGCCAAGUCUCUCUCGGCACUGCUGACCAGAAACAAAAUGUUUUGCUGUGAAUAUAAGAUUAUUUCUUCUGGAUGUAUAAAGACAAUGUGACUUUUUUAUGCUGCAAAAUAAGGGUCUGAGAUAAAUCCUUUUAACACUAUUUUUGUCCUGUCCUAGUCAUGUGACUACUGGAUAGAAUUAAAAUGGCCUAGAAAAAAAAAAGGAUAUAUAUAUAUAUAUAUAUAUAUAAUGCAACUUCAUGUGAAUACAAGAUUUGUUCUGGACUUACAAAAAUGUCUUGCAUUCCGAAAUAGGGGCAUGGAUCUUCAAUUUUAAAGUUGGGGUCUGGAAUCCCUUUUUUAAUUCUCCUCCAAAUCCUGCUCUAUAUAAUGGAAUAGGUUGUUUUACAUGGUUGUGUAAGCCUAAACUCUAAGCGCAACGAACAAAUGUGUUCGCCAUGUGUUGCAUGACCACGUUUUUAAGGCUUUUUGUCACAAGGUUCCUCUGUGCCCUCCUAGCACAUGUUAGUAACAGGUGGUCUGAAUAUGUUCACACUGAAUGUUAAACUUGAUAUAUGAUCAUGCUUGUGGUAAUUUGCUAUAGUCAGUCACUUAUAUUUGGUGUCUGUUUUAUUUCCUUCUGUUAGAUCUGUUUUAGUGGGCUUCACUUUAUUAUAAAAUGGAACGAUCACUAAAUACUGACCACUAGAUUACCAGAUACCCUGCCUAUUUUCAUGAAGCUGGUUAUUGCAGCUGUUGGUGAUAUUUUAUUACUACAAAAUACAUAACCAGGGAAUAAAGUAGGUUUAGCUAUUGCCUGUUCAUCAGUACACUGUGUGAUCUAGAUUAUAAAUCCUGUCCAUCUAGCAUUACUUUAUAACUGCCGUAAUAAUAUUGAAUGGAAAAAUAGAAAAAGGUCCAGGCACUCCAGAAUACAGCUUGACAAAGACCGCUCAGGUCGAAACGUUGUGAGUGGCAGUGGGUUCAAUAAAAGCUGCCUUUGUUGUAUUCUGGUAUGCCUGGACCUUUUUUCUAUUUUUCCAUUAUCAAGUAUUUGGUUCCUGGUACUGGGACCGGACUGGCUGCACCCAGAUACAUAUUGUAUGGGCACUGAGUGCAUUUCCACACCUCUGGUCUUUGGUGGUAAUAUUCAAUGACAUGAAAAAAAUAUAUGUUUGGGGGGGAAGGGGAUUAACUAUCUCUUUGAUUUUAUUAUAAUUGUGGGAUUUACCAUCGGUUGAAAGAUUCAACAACAGAAUAACUCCCAGACAAAAACAUUCUCAAGAACCUCAAUUAACAAGCAUAUAAUUGUCUAAACUUUGACUUAAAAUAGGUAUGCGUUUGGAGCAGUAACCUGCACAAACUACUAGAAUAAUAUGUGCAGAGCAAUGUGCCAGAAAUUGAUUUUUGUUUUUCCUGCUUUAAACUUGCUUUUGAGACUUUUCUUUUUCUUUCAACUAGUCGUCUUAACUGUUUUAUUUAUUUUUUUGUUUUUCUUUCACCAUCCUAUCCUGCUGUAUCGACAGGUUGCAGUUAAAGGCUACUCCAACCACCAUGACAACCUCUGCUUUUAGAAGUGGUCAUGAUUGUAGGAAGCUGUAUGUGUAGCAUUCACAUUGAAACUUUGCACACAUACAUGUAUAUUAAUAACUGCAUACAUUGCAUGUAUAUUAUUAUUAUUAUUGGCAUUUAUAGAGCUCCAGCAUAUUCCAUAUGGGGGACGACAUAAUAAACCAUGUUCUGUAGGCAAUUCUAAAGUAAAAUUUUUUUAUAUAUAUAUAUAUAUUAUGCGUUAGAAUAACUCUUUAACUGUCAGUACUGCAUUUAACAUUGGUGGUUGCCUAUUCUGACAUUUAUUGGAUGUUUGCAAUCUGUAGAUCAAUCUAAAAGUGUCGGAUUUUGAUUUUUAGAGGUAAAAGAAAAAGAAGCAAUGUUGUGUAUGGUUUUGUUUUUUGGUAUCUCCUCAAAAAGGAAGGUUCAAUGUAAUUCUUAUACUGUUGGGGUAAUGCAAAGCACAAUGUCCCUCCUUACCCCUAGGUAUAAUGCAGCAUGCUAGAGGUUAAAUAGUAGCAGAGAUCUUGCUAGCAUGCAAGGAAACCACAUAAUCUUCCAUUUAUCCACACCCACUGAAUUUGGAGAAUUGGGAAAGUGAAAGCGGAUUUGCUGCUGAUUUGGAUAGCACAAUGCAAUAUCGAGUUUCACGUCUUACUUACAAGAAGCCUUGUCUUUCUUGGUACUAUAUGGGCCAAUGAAUGUAAAAUGGUUUCUCUUUGUAGAGUUCUGGAAGACCCAAGCUAAGCGAUUUGAUUGGAUAUUAGUGUCUCCUUUUAAUGUAUUUAUUUUCAUUCCUACUUAUAAAAUGAUGGCGGGGAUUCCCAUUUAUAUUGUCUACUGUAUUAUUUCGCUCACUGGUUUUCCAUUCAUGGGGGAGAGGAAGGGGGAGGUUGCGUCAUGGCAUGUGGGUGGCUUUGCAUUCAUUAAUGCUUUUUGAUGACUAUUUACACUAAUUCUACUGUCAAUAUUUUGAGAGCGCUGAGUAAUAAACACACACCUGUUGCCAGGCUAGCUCACAGUACUACCAAAGCACUUGCAGGAUUUCACCUACUCACAUUAAGUAAGGAGGCAGAGGGGUGUAAUGAUUAACCCAUGACGUGACAUGUUUUAGGGAGUUGUUCCCAAACCAUGAUUUAAAAAAAAAAAAAAAGCAGUUACUUUAAUAUUCACCAAUUUUGGGUGUGUAACUAUAAUUGUUUAACAGUUUCCUGCUUCAAAUUAAAACUGCAGUACACACAACACUCCUUAUUAAUGCCACCUUGGAUUUACGUUUUAUAACUUUUCCAGAAACUCUUUACGUUCUAAAUAAACUUGCUCUGCACUUAUUAUUAAAGUAAUAAUAACAUUAAAGUCAAAUUAUUAUUUUUUUCUCUUUUGUUCUAAAAGCUUGCUUUUUGGGAAUGACUGGCAUAAACCCAUAACAAGAAAUGGGACUUGUUGGCACUUGUACAGUUGCAACUGACUUGCAUUAAAGAUAUGCUCCACACUGCAGUGCACAUGUGCAAGCAGACUGAUGCCAUUAAGUUUAAUGGGGGAAAACACUGAAUCUACCUGUUAAAAGUCCUAAUUUGGGACCCACGUCUCACUGUUCUAUUUUUUUUUUUCCCUGUUGUAUCUCUGUGCUAUCUUCCCCUUUGCUAUUUGUCCACAUGUAAUGUGUUUGAGCUGAUCCCAUCUCCCACUGCACAUACCAAAACGUGAAUGAUUCCAAUAUUGUUGAAUGGGUAAGGAAGUGGCUGAGUGAUAGGCAACAGAGGGUUGUAGUUAAUGGAGUAUAUUCGAAGCUUGGGCCUGUCACCAGUGGGGUAUCUCAGGGAUCUGUACUUGGCCCCAUUCUCUUUAAUAUUUUUAUUAGUGAUAUUGCAGAAGGUCUUGAUGGUAAGGUAUGUCUUUUUGCUGAUGAUACUAAUAUAUGUAACAGGGUUGAUGUUCCAGGAGGGAUAAGCCAAAUGGCAAAUGAUUUAGGUAAACUAGAAAAAUAGUCAGAGUUGUGGCAACUGACAUUUAAUGUGGAUAAGUGCAAGAUAAUGCAUCUUGGACGUAAAAACCCAAGGGCAGAGUACAGAAUAUUUGAUAGAGUCCUAACCUCAACAUAUGAGGAAAGGGAUUUAGGGGUGAUUAUUUCUGAUGACUUAAAGGUAGGCAGACAAUGUAAUAGAGCAGCAGGAAAUGCUAGCAGAAUGCUUGGUUGUAGAGGGAGAGGUAUUAACAGUAGAAAGAGGGAAGUGCUCAUGCCAUUGUACAGAACACUAGUGAGAUCUCACUUGGAGUAUUGUACACAGUACUGGUGACCGUAUCUUCAGAAGGAUAUUGAUACUUUUAGAGAGAGUUCAGAGAAGGGCUACUAAACUGGUUCAUGGAUUGCAGGAUAAAACUUACCAAGAAAGAUUAAAGGAUCUUAACAUGUAUAGCUUGGAGGAAAGACGAGACGGGGGAAUAUGAUAGAAACAUUUAAAUGCAUAAAGGGAAUCAACACCGUAAAGGAGGAGACGAUAUUUAAAAGAAGAAAAACUACCACAACAAGAGGACAUAGUCUUAACUUAGAGGGGCAAAGGUUUAAAAAUAUCAGGAAGUAUUACUUUACUGAGAGGGUAGUGGAUGCAUGGAAUAGCUUUCCAGCUGAAGUGGUAGAGGUUAACACAGUGAAGGAGUUUAAGCAAGCGUGGGAUAGACAUAAGGCUAUCUUAGAUAUGAGACUAAUUAUUAAAAAGUAUUUUAGAAAAUUGGGCAGACUAGAUGGGCUGAAUGGUUUUAUCUGCCGUCACAUUCUAUGUUUCUAUGAAUAUCAUUGGGAGGAAUAUAGUAUGGUCUUGUGAUUUCUUGAACACCAUAGAAAUGAAUAGAGAUUACUUGAAGGUCAGAGCCCAGAGAUUUGUUCAGGGAGGUACAAAUACAAUAAUUCACAGUGUAUGGAGUGGUCAGAUUCGCUCCACAGUAUCCCGUUGAAGAUGAACUUCCAUUUUCUUUUUCCUAACGGCAAGUACAGUGAUAUGCCAAUAACAGGUGGUCUUGUGCAAACGCCCCAAAUACAAGUCGUACUUGAUAACAUUGUGCUAUAACAUGCAAGCUGAUAGGCCCACUCAUUCUUUACAGAUUAUUCAAACCAUACUGUCUGCCGAGGAUUUUUUGAUAUUGUCAGGCACCAGGCUACACAUAAAACAUUGAUCCAAACGUAGCAUUCAGUAACCCAUUAGUUUCAACGUUCUUUUAUCUAUCUUAUUAGGCCUGACUGUAGCAUAUUCCCUGGUAGAGCAAGGAAAGAAAAGAGAAAAAAAACAUAAAAGAGGAAAGAAGAAGUACAGAAGAAGAGAGAGUGGGGGGGGGAGGGAGAACCAAUCUAUCGCUACCGCUCCUCAAAGCCUGUGAGGGUUAAUUGCCUUUUCAGUGCCUUAGUCUCCCAUACCCCUAUACGGUCGCUCUCAGUCUCCUCCUGAACCCACUAAACUGUUGUCCCAUGGUUCCCAAAUCCUCUGGAAAGCUGCCAUGGUUCCUUUCACCCUGGCUGUCAGGUCGUCCAUUAGUUUGCUUUCCUUAAUCCUAGAGAGUACGCCCGAGAACUUCGGGCCUUCCGGUGACAGCCACGCAGUUGCAACUGCUCUACAUGCACCUAAGGUGAUAUUCUGCACCAAUUUCUGUUCUCUCCUAGUCCAUCCCUCCAGUGAACUAUUUAAAAGGUACACCCAGGGGUCCAGGUUUAGGGGCCUAUCAAAUAUCUGUUUCAAUAAAUUCUCUACAGAUUUCCAGAAGCAGCGUAUAGUCGGGUAUUCCCACCACAUGUGGAUGUAUGUUCCCCUAGCUCCACAUCCCCUCCAACAGUCGUCUGUGUCCGUUUUUUUUUUGCGUUCGAAAAAGCUUUACAGGUGUAGUAUACCACCUGAACAUGGAUUUCCAGGACUGCUCUUGAAGUGUUACUCACAUUGAAGCGUUUUAGUUUGCUUCUCAGAUCUCCUGCCACUCGAUGCCCUCCAAAACCUCCCCCAGGUCCGCCUCCCAUUGGUCCGUGUAUGUCAGUCUGCCCCAUUCUGUAUUUUCCACACAGAGGUGAGCGUACAGCAGCAUUAUUAAUCCAUUGGUGUCAGGGUGGUGGUCCGGUGCCCGGGACCCAGACACUGUGUGGGUGGCGGUGCGAGGACCUGACCCAGUAUGCCUGAUGUUCAGAGUAGGAGUCACAUUGUGGAGGUGGAUUAGCAGUGUCUGGUGCAGGGUAACCGCACGCCCCCUGGUGUUGAGCACCAGCGUUUGUGCAGCCACAUACCAGAACCCUGAUGCAGGAUCCCAGGAACUAGGAGCAGGAAUUAAGCAAACCUCCCAGAGCUGAAUAGGGAGGCUCUGCAGCAAGAGUGUAUCCAGUACAGAAACAAGGCUAGGAAAGGCACCAAACAUGAAAACAAGACAGAACUAAUAGAACCCAGAACCAGAGAAGGAUAGGAACCUAAACCCAGAACAUGUACACAAGACAUUAGGGAAACAUUAACAGAACAGAGGCAGGACAGGACUGUACAUGGACUGGGAAUACAAAAUAAAACAAGACCAGAUAUAAUAGGCAAAACAAGAGGAGAAAUAACUAAGUACUACAUAUGAAAAUCAUGGGGAUUUAGUCACAUUAUAUGAUCAUACAUUGCAUAAGCCUGCCAACAACGCCAAUGUACCCCAUAUCUGGCAGGUCCUACAAUGCCUAAUGCAAGCUAAACCAACCAAAGAGAAAACACAUAAUACUUACCUGCAAGAAAGGGCAGAAGACUUGAGCAGCUGCCUGCAGGACACUGAAACAAAAGGAAUGAUGGAAAACAAACAGGUGUGGCAACAUAAAACAAACAUUUAAAUGAAUCUUGGAGACUGGGAAUUCCAGGGACGGAAUAAAAGGAAUGAACCUAGAAAAACCCAGCAUAAAGAAAACCAGACAUAGAAUCGAAAACCAAGAAAAACUAAACAAGAAUUGUAUAAAGAGUACUGGAUACCAGAAGCCAUUUCCAGAAUGAUCCGCAGCUAGGAACAGGAUGUGACACUUGGGUGCCGUCCGCGCUACACACAGCCUCUCAUAGAAAGUGAGUGUCCCAUGGGCCGCUGCUUUGAUAUGUGGUCGUCUAGCAAAAUCCCUAAGCUAAAUAUAUCUUAAAAAAAAUAAAAAUCGGAAGGUAUUAAGUGGUGAUGUUGCUGAAGGUCGUUGAACUGUACUACCUCUCCAUUCUGAUAUAGGUGACAGAUCCUUUGGAGGCCAGUUCUUUCUAUAUUUCGGAAUUCCCUAGCGGCCAUUCCAGGGAGGAACUCUAUGUUUUGAAAUAGCAGAGUUAAUAAGGGGGAGGGUGACGAGGCCAGUCCGUACUUAGCGUUGGAUGCAUCCCAUAUUCGUAACGAGUUGAGCAUAGGUGGGCAGGUCACCCGUAUCAUGGAUGAACUGCCAUUUUUAUUGGUGGUCACAGACAGCACCUCCCUUUUUUUUUUUUUUUGUAUAUUUACCUCUGUAAUCCUAUUGAAGUAUUCAUUGUGGUGACCUGAGUAACAGCACUGCAUAUAAAGCACACCUCCAUAGAACUUCUGUAGAAUUCAGAGUGGCCAUGUUUCUAAGAUGAUUUAGAAGUGUGCAUACUGAGAAUCAUUACAGGCAGUGUGCAAGGAAUUUACAUUGGAUGCCAGUGUGUGCCAGGACAACAGAGGCAACUCUCUGUUUAGGCGGCCGCCUAAGGCCUCGCACUGGCUGGGGCCUCGCGGCCGCCUUAACAGCCUGUGGGCAGACUGUGUCAGGUCCUCUGUUAGUGACAGAGGACAUGACACCAGGAGGGGACCCGGCGGCUUGCUGGGCCAGCCACCACAGACACCGGUCUGCAGCUCCGCAGUGAGCAGAGCUGCAGACCAUGUGUCUCACAAAAACCGGCCAAUCAGAGCUCUGAUGGUCUCGUGAGAUUACAUGGUCUGCAGCUCUGCGGAGCUGCAGACCGGAAUCAAUGGCCACCAGAUCACCAGGGAGUAAAAGUAGGUUCUCUCUCACCCCACACCACCUUCAGCCUCACCACCACCACCAUCAGUCUCAACUCCUCCCCCCCACCCCCAUCCCUCACCCUCAACAUUAACAUCAACCCCCCUCAUUCUCACAUCAACCCCCCUCCUUCUCACCAUCACCCCCCCAUACACACAACACACUUCAAGCAGCUACCCCAUACACAUACAGUCUCAGACAAAAACACAAACAUGCUCACCAAGACAUACAUUCUCAAACACACACACACACACACACACACACACACACACACACGGAUACUCUGUCAGACACACUCUCAGACACAUACACAGGUAGACAGUGCCUCAAUGUGUAUAUGUGACACUUUUUUGUUAGUGGGGCCUCAUGUUUGAGUUUCGCCUAAGGCCUCAUAAAGUCUACAGCCGCCUCUGCAGGACAACCUUGGACUUUAUGCAAAUUCAAAGAGAGGACAAUUUAAAAACUCAAGAAAUAAAACCACAUCCAGCAGCAAAUGUUUAGUUAUUGCCACGUACCUUUUCAUUUGCAGUGACGUUUCCCCUUUAACUUUUAAAUGUUCCCAUUUAAUAGCAUAUAGUCCAUAUAUUUUUAUUGCAGCUGUAAAUGUUUACAAACUUGAGAUAGCUAAAGCAAAAUCUGAACUUCUGUUUUAGCUAUAUGGAGGAGACUGGGCAGUAAUAAUACCCCAUCGGGCCAAGGUAAAUAUCAAACUGUUCACCGGUUUGAAUCCUUACUUUGGGUCAGUGGACUCCUACGACCAUAACCACUACAAUGAGCCAUUUUGCUUAGAGUUCUCCUUUAAAGGUCAACACUCAAUACAGUAGCUAGGAAAGGACCUCUGUUAUCAAGGUUUUAAAACAUUCUAAGCAUUGCUGGUUAAAGGUUAUUCAUCUGCAUCAAAAAAAAAAAUGGUGGUUGAAUGAUAUUCCAACAGGAAAUCAUUUUUACUAUGAUAAAAAUAUAUUGGGGGAAACAAAGGGAAAGUUUGUAUAUUGCUGCAGAUUCAUUUACAAUCUAGAUAACAUAACAGUGGGGUACGUUACAUUUUUCUGUGUCCUUUUAAGUAAGAGAAAAAGCAGAAUCAAAAUUUGACACACAGUAUGUUUCUCUGCGAUUAUCCACUAUUUGCAAGAGGUUCAAGGCCACUUGAAUAGUUGCAUCUUUGCCAAAAACAACAGUCAAAAAGGCCGUUAGGCACACUGGGAACUUGUUUGUGAAGAUAAACUAUGUGCUACUGGGAGCUUGUCUCAGUUUGGCAGCGCAGAAUAAGCGAAUGGCAAUUCCAUGAUUUCUGAAUCCUUCUAUGCAGUGAAAAUAUUUUGGUUGAAGAAUCAGGAAGUUCUUUCUCAUAAUCACGUAGCCGAGAGGAGGGGGCUUUGAAAAUGGUUUGGAAAAAACUGUAGCGACUGCAUUCAUAGACUUGUCAUAGAUUUGUCCCAUAGCCAUUGCAGUAAUAUGUAUCCACAUAUGAUUUAAAGGGUAACUCAAAGCACCAUAACCAUUUCACUUUUUUGAAGUGGUCAUGGUGCCUACAGACUGUGUAUUUCACUUUAAAUGUUGUACAUACAGGAGUUUAACCGCUCUGCUGCCAGAGGUGUAACUCCACCUCCAGCAGCAUCAUUGGGGCAUCAUUAGCCAGCCUGUUACAAGUGUUCUUGGCUGAGUAAUUUCAGUUCUGUGCAUAUGCCUAUGGAGAAGAGUGGUCACCUGACAUUUUCAGCCAAUGAAUCGCUGUUAGAAUUAACUUCUGGUUUAUGCACCACUGCAAAAAGCCAGAUGUCGUUUCAGGCCACUGGAGGACCCCUGGUGCCCAGCAUUAACCUAACUGCAAAACUAUUUGCCUUAUUCUGUGGAAAUGGGGCCAGUGUAUUUUAGUGGUUGUGAUGGAGUAACCCUUUAAAGUACGUGAAAUGUAUUCACUAGAAUUGCAGCAAAAUAAAAUCUGAUAACAUUUAGUUUAAAAUAACCAAGCAAGCAAAAUUUUCCUAGUCUGCUAUAACAGCUUGGCUAUUUUAAACUUGGUUUUUCCAUUUGAAUAUCAAUUUAUGAUAAUCUGAAUUUUAAUGAGAAAGUGUGUGUGUGUGUAUAUGUGUGUGUGUAUGUAUGUAUGUAUAUGUAUGUAUAUAUAUAUAUAUAUAUAUAUAUAUAUAUAUUAUAAAAAAAAAUUCACUAUAAACUAAAAUUGAUGAAGGUUGAGGCAGUUUUUUUAUUUGCAAUAGCGGUUUAUGUAAAAUAUAACAAAACCUGGUUUUACAGUGAGAAAGACUUCUGAUAUGUCAGAUGAACAAGGCCAGUGAUAUAACAGAAAGCAGAAAUGCGUGCGUGGAUCAUUUCCUAUACGGGGAAUGUGAAUCGCUUGUUUGGGUUUAGUUUUUUUUGUUUAUGUUAAAAAAAAAAAGCGGCAUAAGGUUAUUUUGCAUAUACAUACCUAUGCAAUUUAAGAUGAGACAUUCAGAUAAAAUUUCCAAACUAAACUGCAAUUUUUUAGCACAAGGGGGAAAAAACAAAUCUACAAUUUUAAUAAUAAUUUUAAAUAUAAUGUUUUCAUAGACUGUCAUUGUAUCUUUCAAUGUUAUUCGUGAAGGACAUCUUUAAGCUCCAAGACAACCUUGCACUGUUGCCUAGUUUUCUUGUGCGCAUAGUACCUUGCCUCCACUCUUAGAAGGGUGACUUAGUACUGCAGAGAUUGGUAAACGUUGCUGCGGUUAUGAGACUGCACUCUAAAUCUAUCAAUCAAGGAGCUGGCUGCCUAUAUAAAUUUUGUCCAGGUUGUGUGUAAAUUUUAGGAGUAAAUGUUCCCUUAUUGGCUAUUUUGGUCAAAUAUGUGUAAGUUAAUUUUCGAGUUUUCAUUAUUCUUACAUUUUGUUAUAUCUACAGAUACAGAUUUUUCAGAUAGCCACUUGGGCCAAUUUAAAAUAUAAAGGUAUGUAUCCAGAGAGAGAGAGAGAGAGAGUAUAUAUAGCCAACAUGGUUUUUCUAUGUACAGGGGAUGACUUGGCUAAGAUAAAUGAGUUGUAUUUUUUGUUUCUUUUAACAAUCAUGUAACUUAAUGCUUGUAGCUCUCUGGCAUUGGUUGUCGAGGCGAGGAAUGGUGCCUGGACAGAAUUAAAAAAUUUGAUAAAUCAAUUGACUCCUUAUGCGAGUUAUGGCACCCUUGACACCAUAACCACUACAAUAAGCAGUAGUGGUAUGGUACUUUUCUGGGAGUGUUUCUUUAAUAAUCUGAUAUUGGGGAAAAUAUUGAAUCGCCCGACUGAAAUGUAUUGCUAUUGGCUACUAAAUUAAAUUGUUGCUGAGGUGUGGUUGUUUCUGGUUUGUAUACCACAGAAGUGCUUGUGCAACAUGUGUCAUCCAGAUAUUAAAAAAAGGGAGUGCCAUAUGUGUGUGUCUGGGUGUUUGUUUCUUGUAGCUUGGAGUAGUCUAUAGUAAUCUAUACAGAAAAACUACAAAAAGAAGUGAAUGUUGCAGUACCCUGGCACAUAUUUUUACCAGGCAGAAGAGCGGUCUUUGUUUCGAGAUAUAGCUUGAGUUUCCAUCAAAGAAUGUUUGUUGGUUUUAUUUUUUUAAACCCUUAAAGAAUCCAUCCUAGUUUGUAUGAUUAUAGCAAUCUAUUGUGUUUUUUUGUUGUUUUUAACUGCUUCAGCUCAAUUAAGUUGUUAAUUGUUAGAGUUUAGGAGUGUUGAAGCACCUUCUUACAAACUUACUAUUUGUAUCAGUGUGCAACCAGUAAUAAGCUGUUACACACAGCCUGUCACUGGCCACCCAGCAAGCCUUCCUGAUACUGCAAUGAUUGGGUGGAAGGUGGAGAGGAGCCAGUGGUGUGGGCAGCCAUUGAUUUUAUAACAUGCUUUGGAAAAUUUAAUGUAGUAAAAAUAUCUGCUCUUCAUCUUUCUUUCUUUAACCGAUCUCUAAAAUAUCAUCCUGUUUGUUUCACACAAAGGAUGUACUCUUUUUAAUUAUUUAAAACCCAUUGUAAGGAUUACUUUCUCAUCAAUGAGGCGCUGGCAUCUGCAGGUUAGCUGAGGAAGCAAAGAGGUGGCUUGGUCGCUAUCCAAAAACGUAUGAGGUAGUUUCCUCUGCUAGUAACACCACUGCUCAUCUAAAUCACCUUUCAGAUCCUGAAUUUGCUUUUGAAAAUGGCAAAGCUUUAUUUACCAUAUUUCACCUAUGCCUUGAUAAUGAGAAAAUAGAUCAAAAUUACUUUUAUAGAAAAAAAACACGAAGCCCUCCAUGAAUAUUAUCCUAGCAACCUUCUUUUCUACCCUACCCUUACCUUUUGUGUCACAAUACCCCACUCCCUCUAGCAUGUAAACUCAUUGAGCAGGACCCUCAACCUCUGUUACUGUUCGUUCGACUUGUCUGUUAGUUUGCCCAUUGUACAGCGCUGUGGUAUUUGUUUGCGCUUUAUAAAUAAUAAUAGUAAUACAUAACAUUUGCUGCAAACUAUGUGUAAGCUAUAGACCAAUAAGAUCCUGAACUGUGAAUUAUCUCUUCAUGGGAUACCGGUUGAACUGUUGGUUUUUCUGUAACCUAAUUUUUUAGAAAAAGAUAUCCUCAACCUGUUAUAACCAACUUCAAAGGUUUAUGUAAAAGUUGCGAUUUUAUGAUAACCAUAAUAUUUAGUGUAUUAUAUUCCAAAUUUCUUAUGAAGGGGGUGUUUAAUUUUACUUGUUUGUUUCAUUGAUCAUUUUCAGGUCUAAAAAUCACUCCCUUGUGAUCAUAUAGCUUUCAUUGCCACAGUUCCUAUUAACAGUGCCUGGAAAAGUGUCUGUCUGCAUUAACCUGCAUACUUCGGGGAGAGUUUUCUACACACACUCAUUCCAGGGUUUGCAUAGUCUGACCGUGCGUUGGGUUCUGUACGCGUUAGACUGCCAAACCACAGUCUCACUCAUAAACCAUGCAAAAUCUAUGUAAAGCUGUAGGAAAAGCCAUGAUGACAUAUUACUGUACUGUAGCAUGUUGCCUGUGGUAAUACGUUCCCAAUUGCCAAAGUCACUGUAGAGUUUGAGGCGAUCUCUUCAUCUCUGCAAUCGCAACGGGGAAUGACACCUUGGCAUAAAAAGAAUUUAGAAUGAAAGGGAUUACAUAAACAUAAACUGAGAGAUGCAUUGUUUGAAAAUAACACCAUAGAGGUGUUAUGGAGGUAACCUAAAUGAAUGGUUGACUCUCCAGUUGUUUUUGAGCAACAUCCAAGCCAGCCUCUUAAGGAUCAUUGAUGAUGAAAAGUUCCUGCUCAGUCAUAACUGCAUUCCUAUUGGAGGUCAGCUGUGAGAACAGAGUUUGACUCAAUUCUCACAGGUGAAGUGCCUUUAGUGGCUGUUAGGAAGACAGAGAUGUAUUUAACCCUAAUGUAACUGAGUGCUGGCCCCCAUGGCAGGAGAAUGGGCUGGGCAGUGAGGAAGAUCUCUGAUCUCCCUACCGACCUUGCUUGCAUUUUAUGACGCCUGCCACGAGGCUUUGGCCUUGUGGGAAGUCUGGCCAUGUAUCCACUACUCCUAAGUGGCUUGAAUAAAACCUUGUGACAUAGCUCUGUAAACCUGAAAGCUUUGAAAGUAAAAAAAACAAAACACCCCCUUCUCCUCCCCUCUCCCCCCCUGAUAUUAUCCACUUUGUAAUUAGGAUUUAUUUUUAGAAAUGUUUCCUUUUUAAACAUUGUUGUCCUUCAGUGGUCCCUAAGGUCUAUUUAGAAGGCUGGGUUUUUUCCCCCAACCACGAUCAUAUAAUGAUAUGUGUAGCAAGUUUAAUUAUACGGUAGAGAAAUUAGCAAUACCCUUAGACUGACCUGAACAGACUAUCUUUAGAAUGCAUGUUACCAAAGAGUCCUAGCAUGUUGAGGGUUCACUUUCCUUUCCUUUUUUUUAUUUCUUUUUUUUAACUUUGUUAAAGGUGUCCCACCCACUGUAGGAAAUACAAAAAUUCUAAGCAAUUGUUUGAAAAGACGUUGUUGCGGUUUCAGACAGUUACCAUGUAUAACAAGAUUGUUAAUUUAAACUAACAAACUGGGCCGGUAAAACAACCCAGCAGAUAAUGGAUAUGAAUAACAUGUAACAGGUGAGAUGACAUUUGGGGGGAUGAUUUUACUCAAGAGAACAGGGUACUCCCAAACAGUUAUGGCCCAGUGAAUAGAUUCUCAGCUCUUGGCAGACCAAGAGUCAUGGAAACUGUUCUACCAUAAACGGAACUUACCUUGCUCUAAAGGCUUCUGGGAAGAGCAGCAGAUAAAAUGAUGUAAAUGACAACAAGGUGGUUUGUUUAUUUUAAUAUAUCGUACAUUAUCCCAUUAUAGUUACACUGUAGCAUCAGAUAAAGGUGUGUGCUGGUUCUGUGUGGAGAACUAUUACUCUGAACAAAAACAUGCUUCAAUGUGUCCUGCGAUUAUCCCUGGAGGCAAUGUGUCUAAUCACUGGGCCUGUAUGUGCGUAAUUUGCAUUAUGUCUGGAUUAUAACCUUAAUGGGAACGCCUUGUGUCCUGAUCUAUUUUUAAUGUGCUAUGUUUCUCUCCAUUUAGAAUCUAGUUAGGGAGAGGAUCUAUAAGCUUUGGUUCUAUAGUGUUUGUCUUGUCUUAGUGCUGGGAAAUGGAUAAUGUCUAUCCACCUCACAAUGUUCUUUCAUGCGGGCAUUAAUUAUGUAGUAAGAAUAGUUAUUAGCAGUAGUGUAGAUGUUCCUGGAAUUAGAUUACUCUUGAGUCGAAACGAGGCAGUCCCAUCGAAGCUGCGUAGAAAAUAUUUCUCUAGUAUUCUACUCUCACCUUUUUCCCAGCUUCUUCUUCAUGUGUUUAUCUGUAUUUACAUUCCACAGCUGUUCUUCUACUUGUGUAUUUAAUAAUGGCUGAUAAAUCAUGCUAUGUCUAACUUGAAGAUUAAAAAAAACAACGUAUUAAAUGCAAAACUACUUUGCCAUAUUCUCAACAUCGUAAAAUAUAGGCCAGAAAUGAUAUUGACCACUUUUUUAUAUAAUUUCUGGGAGAGCCCUUUAAGUAUUGGUGGACAACCCUAAACCAAGGCAUUUUAUAGUAAGCUCACCAUUUCUGAGAGGUGUAUCAUAUUUGCCUUUGGGAGUUCCUGUUAUUUUACUAUGUUGGGUAGAAACCAUUCUGCUCUAUCCUUAAUUAUUGAAAUGUAGCCUUCCACUGCUCCAGUAAGUGACAUGUCUGCUCUGUGAUGAUUCUGUAUUUGUACAUGUGAUCAUGGCACUAAGCAGCUGUAAACCCUAAUUAAAUGGACACUACAGGCACCCACACCAGUUCAUCUCAUAGAUGUGGUCCAGAUGCAGUGUCUGUGCUCAUCAUCCUGCAAUGUAAAACAUUGCAAUGUUCACAACGUAGGGUAAAGACUGCCUCUAGUGGACGUUCUCACCCCUUGCAUGAGGACAUCCAGCGUUCUGAAAAUCCCUAUAGGAAAGCAUUGAUUCAGUGCUUUCCUAUAGAGAAAGCCUGAUGCCCGUGUGGUGCUCGCCACACAUGUGCAUUAGUCCUCCAUUGCCGUGAGGUUGCGGAAGGAGGAGACCUCUGCACUGGAAUAAGGUAGGUUAAAUAAAGGGGUUUUUAAACCCUCCACUUGCCAGAGGUAGGGGGGAUGGAGGCAGAGUGAUACUAUAGUGAUAGGCAUACAGUUUCCUGACACUAUAGUAUUCGUUUAACCUUCUUGAUCUCCUCCUUCUGUACCAUACAUUACAAUGAAAGUAUAUCUGGUUUCUGAGCAAUGUUACAGUCUAUAUUGCUUUUAAUGUGUACAGGGAUGUUAAUGAAGUACAUUGGCAUGAUGUGAUAGUGGUGGCUAAUAAGCCAAUACCAAUUACUAAUUCGACCUUUCAACAUGUAGUUAAAGGGUUACGCCAAGCAUCAUGAUCAUGUCAGUGAUUUGAAGUGGUCAUGGUGCCUGGAGUCUUUGUGUAGUGUUUCACUAUGAAAUGCUGCACACAGGGAGUUAAAGUCCUUUGCCAUUGGUAUAGGAGGUAUAAACAGUGUCAUUGUGAUUUCAUCAGCAAGCGUGGAACUGGAGUAUCAGACUGGCUAAUGUAAUUUAUGGGCAACUCUUAUUGCACAUAAUGCCAUUCACUGGCUGGGAGAAGUCAGCUGACACCCUCUGCCAAUGACUGGAUGCCGCUUUCGCUUCUGUAGCUCUGUAGCAGAAACACAUCGCCAGACCUCCAGGUAGCCUUGGAAUACUGUUGCUAAACAGUUUGCUCCUUUACCGAGAAACUGGGCCAGAGUACUUUUGGCAUUAUAACCACUACAGUAGGCUUCAGUGGUUAUGAUGACUGGAGUAACCCUUUAAUAAACUGCAUUCUGUAAUACUAAUGAAUGAACACAAUGUAUUUGUGACUGUUAUGGUAACAUUUAAAAAAAAAAAAAAAAAAAAUUAACAUUAGGAUUAGAACAGAGUUUUCUUAAAUCUCUUGGCGCCUCAGGGUCUGCAUGAGAAUAGUGUGUGUUAUACUUGUUUAGGCAGUUUCUACAUUUUGUGAUGGUGUCUUUAAAGGGACACUAUAGUCCCUCAGACCACUUUAUCUCAAUUAAGCACCCUGUCCUUUUUAAAGGACCACUAUAGUGCCCUGAGGGUGCCCCCACCCUCAGGGUCCCACUCCCGCCGAGCUGAAGGGGGAGGAAGGGGAAGCGUGGAAGCGCCUCUAGCGGAUGUCAAUGAAACAGUCAGUAGAGGCUGGAUUAACCCAUAGGUGAACAUAGCAGUUUCUCAGAAACUGCUAUGUUUACAGCUGGCACGGUUAAACCUAGCUGGACCAGGCACCCAGACCACUUCAUUAAACUGAAGUGGUCUGGGUGCCUAUAGUGGACCUUUUACCCUGUAAUGUAAAACAGUUUUUUUAUUUUUUAUAUAUUUUCUCAUACUGAAAGCCAUUAGAGCUGCUUAUGCUGCUCUGACUAGUAAAACUCGAUAACGUGACGCAAAAGCCCAUAAGAAAACAUUGAAUACAAUGAUUUCCUGUGGUGAAGCUUGGAUGCCCAUGCGGCACUAGCUGAGCGUGCACAUCAGGUCCUCAAUGCUCUUGUUUUAUGUCACGGUAGACAGAGGUGAGAAAAAGGCAAGUACAGAUAAAAAAUCCUUUAACCCAAUUUCUGUCAUGCUGGCCUUUUACUUCUGGAGCUAUUUCCUAAAGGGGUUCAUUCUUAUUACACAUGGAGAAUUAGGACAGGGACACUAUAAUGUUAGGAAUACAGAUUUCCUCUUUCUUCCUGAUGAUGUCAUAUGUGGAUGUCUCACAGCAGGAACCUGUACGGUGUGCGUGCCUUCUCACAGUACAACUCCUGCGGGGGAAGUAGAAUAACUAGAAUGGCUGAAUGUCAAACAGUUUCACCCAUUGUCACUGCUCUCCAGUGCUCUCCUUCCGCUCUCUACAAAAAAGUGUUCUCCCCCCUUCCCCCUUCUGUUUUGUUUUUUAUAAGGAAGUUUGUGUAAUUUGUGAUGUGAAUUUGGUAUUUUGAAGAUGAUCGUAUUUUUCUAAACCAUUUUGUUGAGGUGUGACUGCAUGGAAUGCGUACAAUAUAGAAACAUUGUGACCUUUUUAUAAGUGGAUUGUGUGCAAUGAAAAUCUGAAAUCCAUAAUUUGAAUGCGGGUCAACAAUCUUCUUUAAUCAUGUGAACACCUACAUGAAAGAAUUCAAAUUGUUAUUGCAUGUUGUCAUCUCCGUCUCUCUUUAUGGGAGAUAUAAUCUCAUGAUGCAAUAUAAAGAAAAAGCCGAACUGCAUGAUAAAAUACAUAGUUGAAAGAAGUCUGUGUUUUGAUUGGUUGUAGAAGCUCCUUGCAGAUUACUUGAUGUCAGGACCCUGGAGGAGCAGAUCUGUGGAACUACACUUCUAUUUCAACAUCAUUUUACAAAUUAGUAGGAAUAAUCACCAUGUACUUGGUAAACUACACCUGGAUACCCAUCCAGUGAGGGAGAAUGUAUUUUUUCCUCCAAAUAAAUGUGCAAGUGUUGCAUAUGUUCGGAGAUUGUGCUGUCUGUUAUGUUUGUUUCUUUUUAAAUCUAAGGUGAAUUUUAGUCUGAGACACUACGUCAGACUGUGUAAACUUGGAUUACUUAAAAACCAAAUGUGGGACAGAGGAUAUUGUUUAAUUUGAAUAGGCAUUUAUGUAUGACAUCUCCCAAGUCACAGUUCUUAGCAACUGCUCACGUUUUGUUGUAUUUGCAUUUUUUUGAAGCUUUUAUAUCAAGGGAUCAUCUUUUACUUUAUGUAUAUCUGAGCCGUCUGCAUUUGUAUCUAAAAUGUCACAUUUACAUUUGUUCUUUGGCGCUUACUCUCACAAUAUAGACGCCAAACAACAUUUGUGCAGAUAAUGAGGGUGAGAAAUAUCCUCCUUUAUGAAAUAUAAAGCUUAGGAUAUAUGGAUUUGGGUUCCCAGAGAAUCAUGUGGGUUUUGUAAAAUCACCUGAAAAUAUUUUGUCUAUGAUGGUGGAACCGUUCCUAAUCAUCUCCCUAACCUGUAAGGCUAUUUGCUAGUUCAAUAUAUAAAAAUGAAAUGCUCAGGAUUAAGAUGAAAUCCCCUGAGAGAAAAAUAGUGUCUCUUCCUUUUAACAGGUGAUGCGACAUGCUUUGUUUUAAAAUAAAAAUCGCUUGGACAAAAAUUGGAAAUGGCUGGGUGGAUACGAAGUAUAGUUUGGUAAUGGAGUUCUUUUAAUAAAAAGAACCAACUGUAAUUCUUUUGAUUAAAUUCAACCUUGGGUUCACGCAUUCAUUAGAACAAUUUGUGUGGCGCUGUCUGCCCUGUCUGUGCUUGCUUCCUAUACAAAGAGAAACAAUUGUGUCACUUGAGGGCAAAAGUAAACAAUAGCAUAUCUGGAUGAAAAGGUAAUCGGCACAGUUGUUUUAAAGGAAUACAUAUAUAUGUAUUCCUAAUGCUACAGCCCUGAUGCCCCUUAUAACUUAGGUCGAUCCCGCAUGUAAAUAUAAAAACAAAAUCAAGUAAAUUAAAAUGAAUUGCUCACCCUAUCUUCAGUGCUGAGUCUCCCUCGGCUCUGCGGUGACCUCCUCCUCGAUGGUGAUAAUGCUGGUGGUGUUCCUUCAGGAUAACGGUCCAAUCUACUGCUUAUCAUAGAAAAAAACGCGUAGUAAGGUUCCUAGCUCUCAUAUCCAGAGGGCUUGGAGGCGUGCUUUUAAGACCUCUAAUUGGUUUACUACAGGGUUUUGGGAGGUAGGUGAGGGGAGCAGGGCUACAGUCACUAUGUCAAAUUUAUUAAAAUUAAGUUGCAAAAGUGCCUGCAGUGUCCCUUUAAGCCAAUAUUUAGUAGUUGUCUUUCAAUGAAAUCAAUGCAAAAGAUUAAUAUUUAUAGAUGAGGUGUAUUGAGAAUUUACUAAUAUCAGCGAGUGAAGAACAGUGAGUGGAGAAAAUUAUGUGUACAUAAGAAAGCUCAAAUACUUUGGGAUCUAUGUUUCCACGCAUAAUUCUAUUACAAGAAUUUUUCUUUAAAAAAAAAAAAGAAAACAUUUUAAACGUUUACUAAUUUUUAUUUUUUUUAAAUGUGUGUGUGUGUGUGUGUGUGUGUGUGUGUGUGUAUAUAUAUAUAUAUAUAUAUAUAUAUAUAUAUAUAAUAUAUAUAUUUUUUUUAAUAUAUUUUUUUUAAUAUAUUUUUUUGACAUUUUAAUUCCCUUUAGAGCCCAUCCACACCAAAAGCAACCAAAUAAUUAUUUUUUUAAUUCCUCCACUAGAUGUUUUUUAAAAAUGUUUUAAAUCACGAUUAUAAAUAAUUUGGAUUGUCCAGGGUUGUAUAUUGCUGAGAACAUACGGUACAUCUAAGUAGAUACAUUUCCAGUAGGAUGGAGCAGGGGUGCCCGAAAGGUAGAUUCCCAGAUGUUGUAGAACUGCAACUCCCAUGAUGCUUUGCAUGCCUUUUAGAAUGCUUUUAGAAUGACAAAGCAUCAUGGAAGUUGUAGUUUUAAAAGAUCUGGUGAUAUACAUUUUGGGCACCCCUGGGUUAGAGGAUGCAACAUUGUCCUUAUUGAGAGCCAUAAUUGCACAACACCUGGUGGGCCUAUUUGUUGGUCAUCACCCAGGUAGUCCACCAUGUAAACUUUUUAUUACUAUAGAAUACCCGGUUCUCUGUGUCCAACAAUGAAUGUUCCCAAUGGGUCUGCUAGUAAAAGAAGUUACAAUUCCUAUUAACCUACGUGAAGGUAACCAGCCUGUCCAAGACAGACAGUCUGCACUGAUACUUUCUAGGUUUACGGCAGAGCUAUAAUUGUAUGUGCUCCUUCCUGUACCUUACCUAUGUGAGUACACCAAGGCGUGCCCAUUCUCUUUUUGUCUUUAUUUGCUGCAGUGAGCUCACAGGGAAACGCCCUGAGACAUUUGUGGCUUUUUAAAUCUGUCCAGUUUCAGUUUGUUCAUCAUGAAGCCGGUCUACCUCAGGUACAGAUAUGCAUGCUAUGUAUGUGUGUAGUUUUAUAAAAGAGUUGGGCUUUAUGCAUUUAAAUAUUCUUUAAUAAGACUUGUUCUCAACAGAUGCUUUAUUCUGUAACUUCCCACCUGCUGCAGUUAUGCCUUUUGAAGUGUUAAAAAAAACGAUUAGAAAGAUGUUUGUACAUAUUUAAUUUUUUAAAAAUAUUUUAAACGAUUGGGAGGAAAUAUGUAAUGAAGAAAACUAUUCAUUGAAUAGCUUCUAAGUGCCUGGAUUUUGUCUGCAGUUUUUUUUUUUUUUUAUUAUAAAGAAUGCUACUCAUGUUGAGCUUCCUGCCAUUCAUUCUUGGAAUGAUAUUUGUUGUUCUUAUAGCCUGUAUCCAUCUUUAAAUGAUCUCGUAUCCUGGCUCUUCUGUAACCAGGUUUAUUGGAUGUGAUUUGGAUUCAUUCUCAUCAACUUUCUUUCUUCCUUAUUUUACCAAGACCUUGUCUAGAAAAUGAGCUCAGGAGAAUACAGGACCGCUAUUAAGUAGUGAAUAGGAGAAUGUAAUUAGCAGAAUUGUGGGCAGAGGGAUGCUUGAAACCAAUAGAGGGGAUGUUAAAUCUACAUUAGCACUAUGUUAGACCGCUCAAAUGUAAAUGUCUUACACAGUGCCUUUUGGGGACUGGUUAUAUGGGCAAUGUGUGUGUGUGUAGUGCUUGGCAUAGUGGGCAUUACUUUGGAAGCAGAAUAUUUUGUGUGUCACAUCUGUCUGCUUAACUUUUUCUUUAACGCCUAGAAGUUUGUUGUAGGUCUCUUUAAAAAAACAAACAAACAAAAACGCAAUCAGGGCAAGAUUUCACUUUCUGUUAUUAGCAAAACUAUACUAAAAUACAAGAUUCUACAAUAGAACGCAUAUCUAAAAUCAUAUCUCCCAUUCCCUGACUACUCUCCUUACAGUAAUUAAAGGGAUGUAGUUCAACUUCUUAAAGGGGACCUAUCAUGCAUAAAACACAUUCAUAUGAUUUAUCAUUUAAAAGACAUUUUUCCUUUUUGUUCUCAAAUGCCUUUGAAAUAUAUAGGAUAAAUAGAUUGUCUGCGUGAUACUCCCCCAGCCUUACAUGAAAUCCCUUUUUCUAAAUGUCUUAUCUCUGAGAGAUCAUCUAUUAUAAACACAUGAACGAUCUUGGCAAAGUCCACCCCUACCUUUUUAUAUUUGUUGAUAUAUUAAACAUAAGUGCACAGGUCAUGACACAGCAUGCGUUUAGGCAAAUUGCUAGAAAACCUGCCGUAAAAUAUAAUUUCUUUGUACUCUUUUGAUUAUAUACACUAUGGCAUUUUUAGGGAUGUGAAAAAGUUGCUGCCUUGAGUUAAUCGCAGUACUUUAAAAAAACAAAAUAUCUCGCUAUUAAUAUAAACACUUACCGUUAUAGGUUUAGAACAUAUAAUGUUAAUAUAGCCCAGCGCAUCCAUUGUUAAAGGGUUACUUCAAACACGUUAACAAAUACAGCCUGCUAUACUUUUUAUGAUAGCAGUACCUUGGCGACAUUCCCUGGUAAUGGCAAAUAAUCUAGAAAACGUUUGCCCUCUUUAAGUGUGUGUGUGUGUGUGUGUGUGUGUGUGUGUUAUUUUUACCAGGAAGGAUACAUUGAGAUAUCUCUCGUUUUCAAGUAUGACCUGGGUCCACAAAGCAUUGCAUUGAUACAACAGGGUACAAUAAAAUACAAAAACAAUAUUAAUACAAAAUUUAACAUAAAGCAGGUAGGAAAUUCUGUUUUGAGAUGUGUAGAGAGGGAUCUCUUGAAGAACUUUAGGCUUGGGGAAGAUUUUAAAGUGUGUGGGAGGUCGUUCCAUAAUUGCGGCGCUCUGUAGGAAAAGGUGAAUAGAGCCGCUUUCUUUAUGUAUUGAGGCAGACUAAAUAAAGUGCUGGUACCGGAUCGGAGGUUAUUGGAGGUGGGAACAGCUGGGGAGAGCAUUCUGCUCCGGUAGGGCGGGACUCGGAGCUUCCCAUAAAAGCUUUUAAACAUAAGGCCAGAAAGUUGAAGGGUGCGCCUGGAUUCCAGUGACCGCCAAUUUAGUUCUUUUAGCACGUCACAAUAGUGGGUCAUGUAAUUACAUAUAUACGCUACCAAUCUCUGCCAAUGUAUGCAAAAUUCUACUGCAUAGCCACUGCUAUACUCUUGCUCUGGGCUCAUUGGCGAUACCUCAAUGACGCUUCUGAAAGUGAAAAGUUACACCUCCAACAGCAGGAGUGUCAAACUCACAGCGAAACUCUGCACAGACUCCUGGCACCAUGACCACUUCAAAUAAGUGAAGUGCUUAUGGUGCUUCAAUAAACCAUGUAAAAGGUUUGUUUUAAUUGAAUAUAUUAAGUUUUUUUUUUUUUUUUUCUCUUCAGGCAAAAGCUUUAUAAUAUGUAUUUGUCCUUUCCUGAUUUGAUAUGACUACAAGAUAGAUGCAUUUGUACCCAGUGAUUAAGAUGGAGCCAGGAUGGAGGGGGAAAAAUCAGCAUAAUAACAAAUGUGUUAUGUUUAGCAGAGUACAUAAAAUGUAACCUUUUAAAUGGGAUUUAAGACAUUCCAUGAGACAUCUGGGUAUGGCUAAAAAAGUUUUAUACACUUAAAGGAAUGCUAUUGGCAGCUUAUUGUUGCAGCAUGGCAUUUUUACUAUGCAUGCACACUAGCUUCUUACUGCUUUCCGAUCGAAAAGCAUUUGAUUGGCUGAGAUAAUCAGUCUCUAUCUCGCCAUAGGCGUGGGACCUGCUGUCGAUCGAGCAUUGCAGCAUGGGAGAAAAGGGAAGAAAAUGACUUUUCCAUGCAUUCAGAAGAGUAGCUAGUAAACUAAACAGAGGACACUAUAGCGUAGAGGUAGACAUGCAUGCUUGGACAAUGGUGCUUGAUCAAGGUCGAUAAAGGUCAUUUAAAGCGUGCUGUACUUCUUUCUUCAUGUUGAAAAGUGUUUGGUCAUAGGCAUUGAGAGCAUGAAGUCAAUAAACAUCUAAAUUGCACAAUAUAACAAUUUUACAUUUUAGUGCCUGGAUAGAUGUUAUAAACCUCUCCAUGUUUCUCAUAAGCUCUUGUUUCUCAUCAUGAAACUUUAGUCUUCUAAAUCUUGCCAAUUUGAAAGUCUUCAGAAAUAACUGUGUUGCUUAAUGUACUCAUUAUAUUGUUUGUACUCUUUGUAGGAUUGUUGGCAAGGAAUGUAGGAUGUGUAUGCUCAGACUUGAAGAGACCUGUUUUCAGACCAGGGCAGAGUAAUCAUUGUCAGCCUCCUUGUAUACUUUGUGUAGAACGUUGAGUUCCUCAUUAGAUGCUCUGCAUUGCCCUAGACAUUUGACAUUGUAUUUAUCCUUGUAGUCGGCUCAGAACCAUUCACAUUUAAUCAACAGUGCAGAAUAGGAACUGUAAAAUGAUUCCAUGGAUGAGUGUAGCACACAAUUAAUGAAUAAACACAGAAAUAGUCAUUCCGAGUUCAGUCUGACUGCUUCAGAAUGGUUUGGCAGGUAGACAAAGUAUUUCCUUUAAGCUGUUUGGGUGUGUUUAGAUUUUAGUAUUUCAGUAAAUUCUUUUUCAAAUGUCAUUAUUUAUGAUUAUCUUGGUCUGCUUGAAUUCCAUGCGGUGUGAACUUUAAAAGAGAAUAAAUUCUCGAUACAGAUAUACAGUCUAUUUUUAGGUAGAGCAGGUCCAGUACCACCUGUUCUAUCUAGUAACCUGCAUUGUUUCUGUGUUCCUUCAGUGAAAUGAAAUUAGACGUUUAUUGCAGCCUAUUACAUUGAGUAGCCUUAGAAUUGUCUGUCUUCAAAUAAGUGGUUGUCCGCUCUUGUGUGGUGUCCUAGCAAUGUACUUAAAAAUUUGGAAGUAGAAACCCUGCCGUCCACAUACUCCACCUAAAUUGUAUUUUGUGCUAUGAUUUCUACUUUACGCACAGUUGAAGGGAUCAAUAGCUUUGCUACAGUAUACAUGGCUGUAUAUAGCCAUUAUCUGACCUAGGGAUCAUCAUCUGAUUGCAUAGGUUUGUGUUAUUGGCUUGUCAAAGUGUGUGUGUGUGUCAAUUCAUGCAUUAUUUCCACAACCAAAAUUUCCUAAUUGAGUUGUAAAUUCACCUAUUGUAAUCAAUAAGAAUGAUUAAAUACAAGAAAGAGUAAACCGCGCCCAAAAUAAAUAUACAAACAGUUAUACGUACAUAGGUUUCCAAAUGUUUAGUACAAUGGACCUCAAAAAGAAACAAAGACAAAAUGAUAGUGCAAUACAGUAAGUGUAACGUAUAUGUGGUGGGUAGUUAAAUGUUGUGAUCACUCACAUUCUUAUGAGCUAAUUCAGAGCUCUGCUGAUUUGCGCAUGGACGGAACAAUCCCUGUCUAAGAAUAUACGUUGGUAUGGUCCCCACAGGUCUUUCAGAUAAGGUGCAAUGUGCAGGGCAUAUGUGGAAGCAAAUGCAAAAAAAACUCCAGUGGUGAAGUAAUUACAAGUUGGUAAAGUAUUGUACUCACAUUUGCUAGAGCAGAACUUGCUCUAGUGUAACCGGCAUUGGUGAUUUAAUUCCCACCUAAGGAUGUGUUGGUACCAGGAAGCAGUUGAUUGAUGCAAAAGAAAGAAAUAUAUACUUGAAGUCCCACUUGAUGCGUUGAAAACUUGUGUGUAUAUAUUUGGGCAUGGUUUAUGCUGUUUCUUGUGUUGUAUGUACCAACAAGGUUCGGGAAUCCUUGUAUUGUUUACUUCUGCCUGCUUUACAUCCUCUGUUCAAUAUUAUAGUGAGCGCCUAUUACCCUCUUUUUCAAUAAGAAUUAUUUGCCUGUGUUUUAUUUAUAAAAUCUGAAUGAACGUGAAGUUUGUCUUUUGACCUCCUGUUGUAGUAAUUAAACCAGAUCCUUGUAAAUAAAACUUUUCAUUUUAACUUAUAGGCAGAAUAAAUUAUAUUCACUCGACCCGGUACGCAGCCAUUCAAAUAAACUUUCCAGACAUUUUUGCAUCUGCUAACCCUGUUAGAGUAUAUAUGUGUGUGGAAUUUUGUUAAAAUAUGCAAUUUUAAAAAAUAUAUUAUUUUUAAAAGUCAGCUCAUUUGAAAUGUAAUAAUUCAAUCUCGGUUACUCUUUUCAGUUUAGCUCUGCCUAUUCCAGCACAUUCUUUGUGAAGUUGCUGCAGACAAAUUUUUAAAUAACUUUCAUUGUUUUAUGUUCUGCUUGCUCAUUACUUUUAUUUAUUUUCUUUUUAUAGGUGAAAUUUGAACUUGACACAGACUUCAAGAAUUUACACUAAGGUAUGUUCUGGUCAAAUAUUUGUGUGUGAGUGCCUGUAUAUAUUUCUCUUAAAACUAGUAACUGUGGAAUAAGUAAUAUAAUGUCCAUUAUGAUUCUCAUGUGUCUAUUUCCUAUUAAAAAAAGGUGUUUUGCUCAGUAAAAGGCAUGCUUCUGUACUUCCCCCAUUAAGCUUUGCCUCUGGAUCUAUCCACAUAUAUUGUCCAGAGAACAUUAUACAUUUCUAUAACUAGGCAUACAAGUGCUUUAUAUUUGUCUUAUCCUUGCAUUGAUAGCUCCAAAAGCCCAAUAUUGAAAAUAAAAUGUCCUGCAUAAACUGGAAUAAUAUCUUGGUUAGAGAUGUCGCGAACUGUCUGCCGAACUGUUCGCGAACUGUCCGCCGGCGAACAAUAGCGUGUUCGCAUUGGGCGAACAUAUUCGAUUUCCGGUCCGCCCCCUAUAAACUUUGACCCGGAACCUCACAGCCAGCAGACACAUUCCACCCAAUCAGCAGCAGACCUUCCCUCCCAGGAAGUGUCUGCUGACUGUGAGGUUCCGGGUCAAAGUUUACUCAAUGAUGACGUAUGGGGGCGGAUCGGAAAUCGGAUAUGUUCGCCCAACGCGAACAUGCUAUUGUUCGCCGGUGGACAGUUCGGCGGACAGUUCGCGACAUCUCUAAUCUUGGUGUUUUUGGAAAUUCGUAAAAAAAAUCAUAUGAAUUGACUUUCAUUGUUAAAAUACUGAUGACUCUUAUUGGCCAAAAAUGGGGCAAUAUUUAAAAUUCAUACCAAAUGCGAAUUUUAUUUUAUUUAUUUUGACUUCAACUGUACAUAAGAGAAAAUGAUUUGUUCUGUUACACUCUAGCAAAAUUGACUGUCAGCCCUAAGACGUGGGAGUCCUGCCACCAGAUUGCUCUGUCUUCUUUAGCUGAUAUGCAAUCUGUCAGGAGUCAAACUUUUGUCAUAUUCCUUUUGUCAUAUUUCAAUGACCCCCUGUUUUAUAACUUGUCAUUCUUUAUUUUUGAAACUUAAAUGUUAGGAAUAUUAAUGUAUCAUUGCGAGAAUGUAGACCUGUAGGCUAGCUUCACACCCGUCCUCACUCCCACUACUUUGGAUUAAUUUAUGGAACACUCACUCGAAUUGACUCAAAUUUUUAUUUUAUGUGGACAUUAUCAUAUUUAUAUUUCACAAAAUCCCUUUAACAUAUACUAAAGACCCCAAAGUGCAAGGAAUUGCUAACCAGGAAAUCUAUACAGAUUAAAUGUAGUAUAACAUGACUGUAUGUAAUGUGUUGCCUAAUACAGGUGAAAUGGCACAGCUCUAUAACAGAUUAACUAAGAAAAUCAUGGAUGAGCAAGGGUUUCAGAAAAUAGAAAAUCACAGAAACAAGAAUGAAAUCAUAGGUCAAGAAAUGUCAGAUAAUCACCAUAAUUUUAGAACUUAUUUAUCAAUCCAUAGAUUGAUUGUUUCUUAAAUUGGUCUACAGUGUGAGUAAACCUGUUAAAUUGAUCAACUGAAGUAUCUGGGUGAUUAGAGUUCUGACAAACCCAUCUUUUGAACCUAGAUAGCUUUGUUUAAACUUUAGUGAAUCACCCAGAAGUGAUUUUUAAAACAAUUUUUUUUUUUUUUUUUAAAUAUCUAUCUAUCUUACGUUAUCCAUGAUUACAGAAAUGUGUGACAUUUUAUAGAGGCUAAAUAUUGUGGAUUUUUCUGCAGGAUUGUUAAAAUGUCAUAUAUAGACACAGUGCUAAUAUGUGGACACUUAGUGCACCUUACAUUGACAGUGGUGAUUUUAUCAAACCUGUUCUGAAUCUGUUUGGUAACCAAAUAAAAGAUGAAGAGUUCAAUCAAUCAUAGUUCUUAAAGUAGAUUGAUCAUCAUGAGACCCCAAGGAAUAUUCAUAUUGAUUUUUACAAUUUUCCACAGAAUUCCUUUAAAUACAAUUGCCCCUUUGUGUCACUGUUAUGAGAUUUGAGGUAUGUGGUAAUUUCUUUGAUUACACAUGCCAUAGAAUGAGUCAGCGGACACUGUUGGUGCACUUUGUAUGCAGACAUUUAACACACAAUUUACAGAAUGUACUCUCACUUGUCUGUUACCUGGAGCAUAAUUGUAUCAGACUGGUAAGAAAUGCGUGGUGUACAAUAUUGGGUUAUUUUGUAUAUUGCACCUAGUGUACUGCUGUGAUUCUCAUUAGUGGCUAAUGAUACUAUGUAAUACAUGCAUGUAUGUAAUCUUUACAUCUAUAUUUAUGGUUUUUAGGUGCCUCUGGCCAUCCGCAAUGGCACACACAACACACAUUUCCAAAGACGAGCUGGAGGAACUUAGGGAGGCAUUUUGUAAAGUUGGUAAGAGGCUUACAAUGUAUUUCAUUUGAUUCUAUUUUAUGUCACAUGAUCCGCUGUAAACAUUUUAAAUACCGGUAAUAUAAUAUAAUGUUAUGCAUGACUUUCUUAUGUAGAAAGAUUACAAAACUUAAAUGAUUACUUGGGUCUCACAUGUAAAGUAAGUCAUUGAUAGCCGUUUGACAGAAAAAUAACAGAUUAGUUUAUUUUAUAUAAAAAAAUACUAAAAUCAAAUAUUGGACAAUUUUAUCUUUAAAGGAUCACUAUAGUGUCAGGAAAACAAAUCAGUUUUCCUGACACUAUAGUACCCUGAGGGUGCCCCCCCCUCAGGGUCCCCUCCCAUGGUGCUCCCGGGUUAAAACCCCUUCAGUUACUCACCUUCUCCCUUACCUGACGUCAGCGGAGCAGAAUGUGCAUGUGCGGCAGUGUCGCACGCGCAUUCAAAGUGGCCAUAGGAAAUCAUUUCUCAAUGCUUUCCUAUGGACUGUCCGGAAGACCGCCACUAGAGGCUGACUUAACCCCAAACUCUCUGAAACUGCUAUGUUUACAGCAGGCAUGGUUAACCCUAAAGAGACCUGGCACCCAGACCACUUCAUUGAGCUGAAGUAGUCUGGGUGACUAUAGUGUCCCUUUAAAUGUUUACUUGCAAGUAUUUUAUGAUAAAUCCUAAAUACAUAUGUUUAUGAUGAAGUUCUUUGUGUUUGGUUAACUGUCACAAAUGUGACCGGCUUCAAAGUGCCUAUUUCGAAAUAAAUGGUAAUUGUUAUAUUUGUAGGUUGAAACACCUCCCUGCCUGUCAGUCAGAAAGCCAGGGAGGUUUCUACCUCUGUCGUUAGCGCCACAGAGCUAAAGGAAGUGGCAGACACAUUAUGCAAGCCUUCACCUGCCUUCCUUCGUUCUCAAUGAGCUAUUCUGCAGCUCAUUUUGAAGAAUUGGAUACUGUCAUGUGCUCCCAUACAUUUGUGUUUGCACCUCCAGCACAGACUAAAAUAAGACUCUUCUCUGUGAGAUAAAUAGAGUAUUUUCCCCAGCACAAACUAGAAGUCUGUGCCCAAUAAAAAGGUGAGGGCUUGCAAAGGCUGCAAACAAGAGAUAAGCAGCUUUUACUAGCAGGCUUUAGAUAUAUCCCUAUUAAAAGAAUGCAGAAAUAAUGCAAGUUUUCAUUAUAUCUACUAAUUUGUCACAAAAAAAUCCAAUGGAGUGUUCCAUUAAUUAGACCUUGCUAGUUAUACCUAUAGAUUGCUGUAACAAGCGGAGCUGGAUAAAGUUCAUGCUUGUCAGGUUAUUGAUUACAACAGUAUUAAUGGGGGCAAACUAGCUCCGUUUUAAUAUCCGGAAAAAAUCCAAAUUGCACCAAAAGCUUCUGUUUGGGAUGUUACACUAGAAACUAAUUUCUUAGCAGAGAUUUCACAGAUGUGUGUAUGUAUUAAUGGCCAUUGUUACUAAUGUAGAAUUUCAACUCUUUGUGGCUUAUUACUGGACAAUACAUUUAGAGACUCAUUCUUCCACAUUUGGAGGGGAGAUAUUAAACAAUGCCUGAAAGGGUUCCAAUACUGAUGACUAAUCAUGGCAGAAAAUUGUUAGUAAUGUAUUCCAACAACUGGCUAGCAUAGAAGUAUGGGAUUUGUAGUCUGGGGUGGGGCACUCCCUUGUGUAGAGAUUGCUGUAGAAGAAGUUACAGUAGGGUUUAAUGCCUGAACAUGUUUGUAAACAUUGAUAUCAUAGAACCUACUUAGAAUGUUGAGUAGCAGUGUGUCUCCAAUAUACAGGAGUUUUUUAUUUUUCAUUUCAUAAAGCAUAAAGUUGAGUAGUCAUUAACCUUGGCUACUAGUGAUGCUCCAUCACAUUACCUUUUGUGACUGCAGAUAUCAUUUUUAAGACUUCCUUUUAUGAUCCAUUUUUGUACCAUGAUUUACUUGUGUGACUCAUAAAGUAACAAUCUGUAAUUUCCUGUCCUAAAAUUCAAUGAACAAGUCAUAAUACGACUUUGCAUAGUUUGUGCAAGAAAUUAGAAUUUCCUGCAACAAACUACACAAGUUCUUUCAUUGUCCUCUGACAAAGUAAGGGUGUAUGUAAUGUGAGAUAAAUAACCGUAUAAGUGGAAACACAUGCCAGCCGGUUCUUGGUUUGUGGCCUAGCAGGAACUGACUCAAAGGAAUAAGCAACGUGAAAUACGGUAUCUCACACCUUGCCAGCAGUAUUUUAAGGAUAUAACAGAUUUUUUUUUUGUUUUAAAGUUUGGCAAACUCUUAACUCAAUGGAUUUACCAGAGCUUUGAUUGAAGUAGAUAUUUUAAUAUGUUCUAUAGCCAAUUUACUUUAGAGCAAUAACAUAUUCACAUGUAAAAGCAUUGGGUAUUGUUGUUUUGUGGCCUUUUAAAUAUCAGUAGAAGGCUCCUAUCAUAUUGAAUAGUAAGUGUUCUACAACAAGGCUUCCGAUUGGCCAUCUUGUUUUUGGAACAAGAUUUGCUUCAGAGUGAAUGAAGUACCAGUAAAAUGUAGAGUCCCCGAACUUUGAAUUAUAACUUACCUUGCUGACUCAGCCAUGAUAACAGGCGCAUUUAGAUGUGGAGUUAUUUGCUUUGCUUGCCCAAGUUGUUGUUUCUUAACACCUAAUGUCCACUCAAUUCCAGAAGAGAUCAUUUCUAUAACUGCUUUAAAAUGACCAAAGAUGCCUAGGAAACUAGCUUAUUGGUUACCGAACAUCCCAUACUUAUUUACAGAAGCUUUGAACUAUCACUCCAGAGUACGGAGGGACAAGAGUGACCACCUGACUGGUGAGGGAGGCUACAUUCUUGGGUGUGCAUGUCACUAGAGAUUCAUUCAUUCAUUCAUUGUAGCAACAGUUGCUUUUGGGUUGAAGUGUUAUUACACUGGACCCUGAUUGGAAGUGGUAACUGCUGUCAGACAGGCCUGGACUUCUUAUAUUCCGAUAUUAGUAACUAGAAAGGCUUUGUACCACUACUCCUGUAGCACGAAGAUUAGUGACUAGAAAGGAUCUUAACAUGUAUAGCUUGGAGGAAAGACGAGACAGGGGGGAUACGAUAGAAACAUUUAAAUACAUAAAGGGAAUCAACACCGUAAAGGAGAAGACUAUAUUUAAAAGAAGAAAAACUACCACAACAAGAGAACGUAGUCUUAAAUUAGAGGGACAAAGGUUUAAAAAUAUCAGGAAGUAUUACUUUACGGAGAGGGUAGUGGAUGCAUGGAAUAGCCUUCCAGUUGAAGUUGUAGAGGUUAACACAGUAAAGGAGUUUAAGCAUGCCUGGGAUAGGCAUAAGGCUAUCUUAACUAUAAGAUAAGGCCAGGGACUAAUGUAAGUAUUUAGAAAAUUGGGCCGACUAGAUGGGCCGAUUUGGUUCUUAUCUGCUGUCACAUUCUAUGUUUCUAAAGAUAAUUCCCCACAAGAUGAAUGUUAAAACUACUGUUUUGACAGUAGUUCUGAAUGGAUUCAUACCACGGAAGCUUCUUAAAUUAUAUACUCCUCUCAGACUCCAUAAGUAAUAUGGAUGCUUUACUAUACCGCAUGUUAAUUUAUAAAAUGUUCAAAACCUGUGUGCCUAUUACCUACCUCUUUAAUUGAACCACCUGUUUCAGCUGUGAUGUACAAGUAAGGGCACUAGUUGGUUCACAAAUUUGUUCAACCUUAAACACUUGAGUUCUGCUGGAAAACAGGGAUACCUUCAAAGGUGAUGUGUUCAGGAGCAAAUUCACUUAGUAUAUGACUUCGUUGGUGUGAUAGGAUAAAAUAUUUAAAAUGCUGGAUGGUAACUAUGCCAGAAUGUAUGGUGUGUAUACCUUUAAAUCUGCUAUAGGCAGAAUCUGUUUGGUACACACCGAAUGAUCUGCUUAAUACAAAGUUAUUGCUGAAUACAAAAUAACCAUAUAAAACCUGGUUACCUGUUAUGCGUAAAAUUCACACACUGUUUAAAAUAGUGUGUAUAUUGCUUUAAGUAGUCCGUGCAAAGAACAGUAUUAUAUUUUAAUAAGGAGACAUAAAAAACUCCAUAUUAACUGUAUUAGUUAUAAUCACUUGAGAAUUAGGCAAAAAACUACAAGUGAAAGUAAGAAACCACUAUUAACAGAAUGUAUUUAAAAAAUAAUGUAGAAAUUUAUUCAUCAUAUAAAAAACAUAAAAGAAUAGUCCAAAUUUGGAAUAAAAAUAUAAAUACAAAAAAUGGGAGCCAGGAACGAUUAGCAAGUCUUUAGCCACUGCAGAUCUCGCACAAAUAGCUUCAUCCACACUGUAACUGUUAAGGAUUACAGUGGAUACUAUUGUAUCCAAAUGAAGAGAAAUUACUUGCCGGCUGCUGGGGAGGUUGGCGUGCGUGCCAAACCUCACUCUGGUUCUCGGAUGCUCGGCAGUCCGUCUGUCCCCAGGUCUUAGAUGCCGUAUGGGGGAAGGAAAGAGAUGCUGCUGCUGGCGUCUGGCUGCUCCGUCGUAUCCUGCUCACUAACACUGCUGGUCUAACGCGUUUCGUGGGUGUCAGCCCCACUUCUUCAGAGACAUGCACCCACGAAACGCGUUAGACCAGCAGUGUUAGUGAGCAGGAUACGACGGAGCAGCCAGACGCCAGCAGCAGCAUCUCUUUCCUUCCCCCAUACGGCAUCUAAGACCUGGGGACAGACGGACUGCCGAGCAUCCGAGAACCAGAGUGAGGUUUGGCACGCACGCCAACCUCCCCAGCAGCCGGCAAGUAAUUUCUCUUCAUUUUGAUACAAUAGUAUCCACUGUAAUCCUUAACAGUUACAGUGUGGAUGAAGCUAUUUGUGCGAGAUCUGCAGUGGCUAAAGACUUGCUAAUCGUUCCUGGCUCCCAUUUUUUGUAUUUAUAUUUUUAUUCCAAAUUUGGACUAUUCUUUUAUGUUUUUUAUAUGAUGAAUAAAUUUCUAUAUUAUUUUUUAAAUACAUUCUGUUAAUAGUGGUUUUUUACUUUCACUUGUAGUUUUUUGUCUAAUUCUCAAGUGAUUAUAACUAAUACAGUUAAUAUGGAGUUUUUUAUGUCUCCUUAUUAAAAUAUAAUACUGUUCUUUGCACGGACUACUUAAAGCAAUAUACACACUAUUUUAAACAGUGUGUGAAUUUUACGCAUAACAGGUAACCAGGUUUUAUAUGGUUAUUUUGUAUUCAGCAAUAACUUUGUAUUAAGCAGAUCAUUCGGUGUGUACCAAACAGAUUCUGCCUAUAGCAGAUUUAAAGGUAUACACACCAUACAUUCUGGCAUAGUUACCAUCCAGCAUUUUAAAUAUUUUAUCCUAUCACACCAACGAAGUCAUAUACUAAGUGAAUUUGCUCCUGAACACAUCACCUUUGAAGGUAUCCCUGUUUUCUAUAUUUCCAGACAGGUUUUGGGUGUAUUCCUGUCUUUGUUCAGUUUUGAGCUAUUUACUUUAAGUCAGACUCCCUCACCCCUCUGUGUUUGCAUCAAGCAGACCAGUUUCUAUUUACUUGAGUUCUGCUGUUGACUCUGUAAUCUUGGUUUAAAGGGAUUUGCACACAUUUAUUUUCAGUGGGAAAACAUGCCAUAGUGGCUGCUGUCAGUGUAAUUCUUCAAGCUAUGUUUUAUUGACCUUACUGUAAAUCAUUCAUUAGGAAAUAAAACAGUCCCCUUAAAAGGUAGGCAUUGAGAGGGGAGUGUGACUGAGCCAAGUGAACAGAAAUGCAUUCUGUUUUACAGUCCAUAACCAUUUGUCCUUACCCUGCAUGUGCCAUACCCUGUGAAUACAAUGUAAUAUAUUUACGAGUAAACCAGUAAAACCAUUGCAUCAUAUCAGCGUUUGAAACAAGCAGCUUAUAUGAGAAGUCAUUAUAGUCUAACAAAGUAGAAUUUCAGUGCAACGUUUCAAUACCUUUCAAGUUUGUGUCAUGCUCCUCUGGCAAAGUUAGAUUUAAAUAACCCCUUGAAGAGCAAUCAAAGCUUGCUGUUUUAACCAUCUGGUCCUUUAAGACACUAUAUCCCAAUGGUGCCCCAGGUGGACUGCAGCUCCCAUUGUAGAAAUACUGGAGCAAAUAAUAAUAAAAAAAACCAUCUACACGAAGUUUACCCACUGCCGUAUGAGAAUGUGGAAUGUCCUUUGUAUCUAGUAACAUCUGCUAGAGGUUUUUAGCACUGACAGACUGAAAUAAGCAGAUCACCCCACGAUAGUAUGAAGAUGGCCAGGCUAUAUGUUAAUAUGUGCAUGUAACACUACUGGCCUUUAAAGGGUUACAAGCUUGCAAUUAAAUUCUUCCUAAAUAAAAAAAUAAAAUCCCCUUUUUUUCCCAUUGUAUUUACGUUACUAACCUGUUAAGCUGUGCUAGGAAUUGAGAAUUUGGGUGAUUUUUCUGAAGUGAUAAACUACACAAGUAAUAGAGUAGCUAGCACAACAGUAAUACUCCAUACGAUAUUUGGCUGAUUGCAACAUUUCUCCAUUUAAUUCAACUCUCUGCUUUAACAGCUUCUGUUCUUUGCAUUUUGUGUCUCUUUCCAAAAGAGCAUGGGGUGUUAAACAAGUGUUUCAUUCCUAACCUGGGCUGGGCUGAGUUUUUUCCAAUGCCACAUCCAGAAAGAGAGCUGUGGCCAAGUUGAAUUUUAAAAUAUAUAUUUAGAAAUAACACUGUCAAAGCUAAUAUUUCUCAUAUUUAAAUAAUCCUCAUCCUUGGCAUGAGUGUUUUCCCAUUCAUGGUUUAUUGAAUAAUAACUUUUGUUGCAUAUUCUGAUUUAGGUUUUUUUAAAGGCAACUCUUAGAUCAGCUAUUGUUUUGUAUCUCUACAUCAUUUUAAUAUAUCUAAAAUUGCAGUAAAAUAUGACAUGUUAUGUAAUUAAAUGGAUACUAUAUAGUCACCAAAACAACUACAGCUUAUUGUAUUUUUUCUGGUGAGUAUAUUCAUUAAUUUCCUUCAGGGUUUUUGCAGUAACCACUGCUUUCCUUUACAUCCUAGGGAUACACCCAAUGGCCACUACUCCGAUGGCCUUUUAGAGGUGCUUCCUGGGAAAGUGCUGCACAGCGUGACUAACAUUCAGUGUCUCCACUCUCUGCAUGGAGACAUUGAAUUUUCCUCAUACAGAUGCAUUGAUUCAAUACAUAUCUACGAGGAGAUGCUGAUUGGCCAGGGCGGCUUUGGCUCUGCCCCUGAUCUGCCUCCUUGACAGUCUCAAGCCAAUCCUAUGGGAAAGCAUUGUGAUUGACUCAGAAAAACAUUUCUGAUGAUGCAAGCCAAGCAGGCAGAUCAGGGUAGAGCCAGCAGUUGCAGACUUGAACAAAAGUAAGAUUUUACUAUGUUAAAGGGGAAUAAUUUCAGUUAUUUGAAGUUGCUCAUGGUGCCUUGCGUCAGUAUGUGCAGUAUUUACCUAUGAAACGCUGCACUUAUGGAGUUCAACCCCUCUGCUCCUGGAGAUUUAACGCCACCUCAAGCUGCGUCAUUAAGGGUGUCACUAGCAGGUCUAAAACUAGAGUUCUGGGUUGGCUUAUGUCAAAUCUGUGUUAAAGGGACCCCAACAUUGUGCAAAUGUCAUUGCACAGAAUGUCAGUCAUCGGCAAGAUCUGUCGGCUGAUGCUUUCAUCCAGUGACUGACGAGUCACUUCUGGCUACAACAAAUCUGCAAAUGUCGCGAGCGUGCCAAGUGGCCACCAGGAAGCAUCUGAUUAAGGCCAUUGGGCCAAAUUUUUUUUUUUUCGAUCUUUAUUCCAAUUAAACCUGUGGACCAUAUAUUGAAUGCUAUGAUUUGUCUAUGCAGACUGCCAAAUGCAAAUGGAAGACGAUUGACAGGGAGACAAAAUGGAGUCACUAAAUUACAGGACAGAGCUGUGUGAUUGUCUAUAAAUAACACAAUUGUUCCAAAAAUCUGAAAAAUUUAAUUAUUGGGGUUAAGUAUAUGAAAUAAAAAAUACUCCAUAAGAGACCGUUUCCUUUUAUGACCUCUUGUAGAUUAUCCAAACUCCGAUUCAUGCAAUUAAAACCCUAUUUAUAAUUGUCUCAAUGCUCCCACCACACUGGGUUUCAAAACACACACAAGCAUAAAUAUCUGCCAAUGUGUCUGUGGUGUUUAUAUUAAUAUGACAGAACUUGGUGAAGAGGGAAAAACCACAUAAUUUUCUUGCUGCUUCUACUAAAAUAAAACUGUGUAAACUGUUUUUUGUUUUGUUUGUUUAAAGCUGAAUUUUGCAGAGAAGACUGGUAUCCAAAGAUUUACUUUUAUUUAUUCAUUUUUUUUCUUUUUUUCUUUUUGUGAUUCAUUUGAAAUAAUUGCUUGACAGCCUGAAGCAGAAUUUAAGUCCCAGAUAUGGUUGAACAUUUCUUUUUUUUUUAAACUCACAUCCUGUUGUUGUACACUUUUCUUAAAGUCCUUGUUUGAAGAAAACCAAACCAGCGCAGGAUUAUUUAGGUCACCUACAAUUGGAACUCACAGACAUAGUAUUUAUUAGAAGAGUGGAUUUUCUAUAGCCAAUUCCCUACAGGACAUAUACUGUUUUUUUCCUGUUUUAAUCGUCUUUCUGUUAAAUUCAGCGUCCUAACAUGUCCGCAUGCAGGACAUGACGACUAUUUCUGUUCAGUCAUCAUGCUUAAGGAAAAUAUUCUUAUUUAAUUGCACUUCUGUGACCUGUAUUUUUUUUUCUCUUCUCCUCCAGACAGGGCACAUGUGUUUGCAUUCACAAAGUUAUUUGUAUGACCUAAUGUAACUCAUUUUCUUCAGGGACAUCCUAGACGAUUCCGUAUAGUAUUGUCUCAAACCGUAUACACGGCCCCUGUGUUUUCUGUCACAAUGUAGAGUUUAGUCUGUCUGGUGCAAAAUUGUACAAGCCUGUUAAAAACAAUUGCCCAAAAUGCACUGCAUGACUCUAGAGUGAACUAGUCCGACACAACUGUGGUUUGGUUUUAACACCAGAAACACUGUGUUAAAUAGUAACCUCUAAUUAAAGUUCUUUGUGACUAUUUGAGAAACGAUUGCAAAAGUACUUCUUGUUUAAAUUUUUUAUUUUUUAUACCCCCAUUUCCUCUUGAAAUUGAGAUUGUAUUCUUGUUUGAGCAGGGCCCGCAUUUCAUUCAACUUUUGUCCUGUUGAAUUUAUUUGUAUGUUGUGUCUAUGGUAUAUUGCUGCAGAACAGACACUUUAUAAAUAAAUAAUGUUGACCGAUUUACUGCUGUGUUGUUUUGUUGCUUCAUCUGAUUUUUAUUUUGAGUACCUUUUGGAAGACGUUGUUAUUAAAAUCCCUAUUAAAGUAACACUAUAGCGUAAGGAAUGCAAACAUGUAUACCUUAAUCUAUAUAGUAAAGAGAACAUUAUAGCGUUAACGGCAAGGGUUAAAAAAAAAAAAGUAAGAUAGUUAAAGCAAAUUUACUUACCUACCUGGCUGAGAUAAUCAAUUUUGAUGAUCUCAGCAAAAUCAAUGCUUCACCAUAGAGAAAUAAUGCAUCUCUCUGGGGAGUGUUCAGAAUCUCCAUACAAAGCGUAGAGACGCUAACCAGGGAAGUCCCUAAAGUGGCUGUUUGAGUGACAGUUACUAGAGGUGGGCUUAGGCAGCAAUGUAAAAACUGCAUUUUCUCAGGAAAGGGCAGGAUUACACUGCUGAACCUGCAGGGUCAGUCUAUACGCCCCUGGACCACUAAAUUAAGCUAUAGAGGUUAAGAUGACUAUAUUGUCUAUUUAACUUCCUAUCAAGCUGGAUCCCUUACGUUUCAGCAUUCAUUCUUAGAUAACUAUCUAUCCAUAAAAAACACGUACUGGUAUACCUAAUGCAACACGAGGGAGGGAGUCAUCUAUCUUUUAACAUGCCGGUGUCCGAAGCAGUACAUUGGACGUACGAAGAGACCAUUUAAAAUACGAACUGCAGAACAUACUAGGAAUAUCAAGAAAGGACUUUUAACACAAUCUCUCAAAACACUUCAAAGACUUUCAUGGGGGAGACCCUACACGACUUGAGUUCCUAGCUAUUGAGAAAGUAAAUGUACAUUGGAGAGGAGGUAGCAUUGAUAAAAACCUUGACCAAACAGAAGCGAAGUGGAUUUUUAAGUUAGAUACCCUAAUCCCCAAUACAGGCGACCAACCUGUCAACACAAUCCAGGUCCAUCCUUACCCCAUCCGAAGGUCCUUGCUCACUUUUAACUUGCAUAAAACUGGUAAUGCCUUCAUGAACUACUUCUGAUCUGUAUUUUUGCACUUUUAAUAAUUUUUACCAUUUUUUACUAUUUUGUUCAAUAAACUUUUUUUUUUUUUAAAUAAAUAGAUCCAGUUUCAGUAUUGCUUCAGUCCAUAGUGAUACAUUGUUGGUAUUGCAAGAGCAAACAGUUCCACAUACUGUGUUGCUUAAUUACAUCGAUACAUUUACCUUUGAUGUUACAAAGUAUAUUAUUUGGAACUGACAUCAUCUACCUUAUAUUGUAUUAGGGAUAGAGAUACCUGCUCUGCACAUAUAUAUUGGUUGCACUCAGAUCCAUUUAGUCCAUUUCAAAUAUUCCAUUUUUAAUUUCAUUCUUUUAUCUGUUUUUACCACAUUUUACUUUUCCCACUUUUAUUUAUUAUUUUUUCUGCACCUGCCCUCUUUUUUGUUUUUUUCUACUCCUUAUCUUCUAUUACUUCCAUUUCUUUUAUACUUUUAUUUUCUGAUUUUAUCCAUUUUUCUCUCUCAUCAACUAUCUAUCCAUGCAUCCAUCCAUUCACCCAGCUUUGCAGGACCUCCUAGACUAGUUGAAUCCGUUAACUCUGCUCAGAAUUUCACUGAUUUUUUAUUUUUUUAUUUAUUUUUUUUCUUUGCAGAUCUUGACAGCAGUGGCUACAUUUCAGACUAUGAACUCCACGAUCUAUUUAAAGAAGCCAAUCUUCCCCUUCCUGGAUACAGAGUGAGGGAGAUCAUCCAGAAGCUUAUGCUUGAAGGAGAUAAAAACAAGGAUGGAAAAAUAUGCUUUGAAGAAUUUGUUUUUGUAAGUUCUGCGCGAAUAUAUCUGUAUUAACUCAGUUGUGUAAAUUACUAUGAGAUUUUUUUUUUCUCCUCUCUCUUUUCAAAGUUUAUUUAAAGUGUUUGAGCAUUGUCAGUGUUGUGUGCAUUGUAGAAUGAUUAAGAAAAUUACAUAUUUCCAGCUAAAAAUACUAAACACUGUAAUUUUAUAGAAAUUCCAAAUGUUGGGAAAAAAAUGCCAAUAUGCACAACAUAGAAUGAGAAUACAGCAAAGUAAGAGAGGUGCACACAUAAAAUACAAGACAGUACUGUAACUUUGUUUUAAAUGGUCUUCCACCUGUUGUAAAAUUGGAGCAGAUUUCUAACUGGGUUAUUUACUAAAAUGAUAACUUCAAAUUUAUGGAUAAAAAAGGUGGACUGUUUCCAGUAAAGUUAAUUUGAUUUAAAUUAGAAAAUAACUUUUUUUUUUUUUUUGUUGUUCUUAGCAAAACGUAAGAUUUUUGCAUUGAAAGAAAAAUACACUGUGUAUGAGGACAAAACUUUCCCAGAGGGUCUUUUUUUUUUUUUUUUUUUUUUACAUUUCAUCUAAAACCACCAAGGAUUGUGACUCUGUUACAAUUGCCUGUAAUGCUGUGCAUGAUUCAUAGAAUUUACUUCAAAGGGAGUGUUAUGAUUAAAGGAUUACUCCUCCAAAAAACUGUUUUUGGUUGGAGUAACCCUUGUUAUCCGAGCCGCCCUGUCUUUAAAAAAAAAAAAAAAAUUAAAAAAAAACAUUAACCUCUGUGCCUGUCCUGAGGCCAAGUUCUCUCUGCAGCCCAAUCCUCCCCUGCUGAUGUCACUUCCUCUUUCUGUAGUGGGAGAACACAGUCUGCACACAGGGGUGCUAUGCCGCCAUUGGACGCCUCUCGUCAGAAUGCUGUAUGUGCAGAUGUCCAGUAUGCACAGAAUUCACAUUAGCAGUCUUCCAGAUUAGCUAAUGACGUCCCAGUGACGCUGCCGGAGGUGGGGUUAAACCUCUGGGAAGCAGAGUGAUAAAAUUGUGACUGUGCAGCUUUUUAUAGCGAAAUACUGCACAUACAGACUCCAGCACUACUGCCACUUCUCAAUUGAUUGACGUGGUCAUGGUGCUUUCAACAACCCUUUAAUAUUGUGUUCGGUUGAGACCCGUAUACAACACAUGUUUUUGACUGCUCAUUUUCAGAUACAAUAUAUUUUGUUGGAAAUAUAGGGCAGCCAAACUUGUAUUAUUUUAUAUUUAGUAUCUGGUUACUGACCAGAAUUUGAAGCAUAAUCUUAGUUUUUAUUUACUAAAACCACCAAGAAAACAAUAACCACAGACAUAAAAAAAAGAAGUGCUUUUAUUAAAAAUAAAUGAAGAGCAGAAAAGAGAGAGAGAGAGAGAUUUUUUUUCUUUCCACACUGCUUUAAAUUUGUCAUGGCCUUCUAUUUCACAUAAAACCUCAUAUUGAGCAUAACUUUUACUUUGAAGUGGGACUGUCCUUCAAAAACUAGUCAACUUCAAGGUGGCACUAACCAUAUAUAAUAUACCCUGUCAGUGCAAAAUGUGUAAAUUAGAAUAAAUACUUAAAGCGUCACUGUCCUCCCUACCUCCCCCCCCCCCCAUUCCACCUGCAAAAAGAUGUAUUUCAUGAAGAUAGAAUCUUUAUGAAAUACUCAUAAUAACGGUGUUGGAAUUUCACUGAAAUUACACGGAGACAAAGUUGGGAUUACUUUGUCUCCGUAUUUUUCCUACACCUGACACAGGGGGCAGUGAUAUUGCUGUCUAGAAGGGACAAUCACCAUAGACAAAAUGGUUUUAUAUAUGGAGAAUAGACCUUAAAGGACCACUCUAGGCACCCAGACCACUUCAGCUUAAUGAAGUGGUCUGGGUGCCAGGUCCAGCUAGGGUUAACCCAUUUUUUUAUAAACAUAGCAGUUUCAAAGAAACUGCUAUGUUUAUGAAUGGGUUAAGCCUUCCCCCAUUCAAUGAGACAGCCGCUAGAGGCGCUUGCGUGCUUCUCACUGUGAUUUUCACAGUGAGAGCACGCCAGCGUCCAUAGGAAAGCAUUGAUAGCAUUGAUAGGAGGAGAGCUCCCCGCCCAGCACUGGAAAAAGGUAAGUUUUUUUCCCCCUUUCCCCCUUCCAGAGCCGGGUGGGAGGGGGACCCUGAGGGUGGGGGCACCCUCAGGGCACUAUAGUGCCAGGAAAACGAGUAUGUUUUCCUGGCACUAUAGUGGUCCUUUAAUGCAGUACUCUUGCUCAUGCAGACAAAGCGGAGAAAAUGGGAUCACCGACUAGGAAUGAGUUCAGGUAAGUAGUACUUACCUUUGCCUGCCCCUGACCACCAGACCUCAAGCUGUGAUGUCACUACUGGUGAUCUGUGCAAAUUCCCCAGCCUGUGACAGUGCACCAUAAUACAAAGCCUAGAACACCUGUCCAAGUUCCUUUUACCUUGGCAUUAAGAUAAACACUGAAAUUUAUAUUUUUAAUGAAAAGUAUAGCUAAAAUGGGUCCAUUGUAUUUAAUGCAUUAUAAAAAGGAGAAAAAAAAAUCAUGCACAUUUUGUUCAGCAAGUGUCAGUAGCAUUUUAAAAAAGUAGUUUAACCCCCAGUUACAGUUCCACUCAUUACAUUGGCAGAGUACAACUGCUCUGUUAACUGAUUGCAGCUAGACUGUGACACAAGCCCAGUUCGUUGUUUAGUGCAGAGCAGUCAGGCAGGGGAUAGAAGGGAGCCCACGCUGGCAUUCAUUGACUGCAAGCAGAAUGUGGACAAAAUUAGUAGCCUCAUUGAGGCUCUCAUGGACUCUCUUCAAGGUGCACAUCAUUGCAGUUCUAAGCCUCUUCCAGAAUUGAGAGGUUGUGCGCUUGGUAAGCUCAGUGUAUACCAUCAACAUUCCAGUCAUGCAAAGUUAUCACGGUACUUAGAUUGACACGUUUUUUAUUUUUUUUUAUUCUAUGCAUUUUCAUGCAAUUUAGCUAGCACAAUAUAUAGGUAAAUUAAUUAUUGUCUGAGGAGUUGUCACCAUUUCAUAUUUCCUAUGAUGUCCUCUAUAACACAUUUUUUUUUUUUGUGUGUGUGUGACUGCCUUUAUACUGCAGUCUCUUAAAUGCUGAUCUAGGCUGUAAUUCAAGAUUGUGCACCAGUGUCCACCUGUUCAAAUGUGCAGAGCUUCACAAACUGCUGAUCUGGUCAUGGAAAGCUGUGAAGAUCAAAGGGGAGAAAUAUUUAACCAAAAGACAGGUUAACCACUAUGUGCAAUUUUAAGAAAAGACUUUGCUGUUUUUACAGUUGAAGGAACAUACACGUGAUUUUCUUUUUAAAUCCUGUAGAAUCCGAAGGUGUUUUUAUUUUUUUAUUUUUUUUAUUACAGCUGUUAAAACAUCUUCCUUUCUUUUCCCUGCUUUAGAUCCCUGUGUUGCCCAUUUCUCCCCCAUCACCCAUUUGGCUUGACUUCUGGGUGAGCUAGUAAGUUGGAAUUGAUAUUCUGGCUUGUCAGCGCUUCCACACAACGUGUACUAUGCAUGGAGAAAAAACCCUCAACUGCACGCAUUAUAACUGCACAUCUAUCUCUGUUGUGUAGUCUAGAGUACUUCUCUCAUACACAACAUUUAAAGGAACACCAGUGCUAUGAAUACAGCCUGUUCCUUGCUAAACCGCAAUUAUUUUUUAAUUCCGUGUCCUCUGGUCUACUUGUUUAUCACUCGUGGUCUUUAUUGGCUGGAUUGGAAGUGUUGGCACACACUCAACAGAUGCCCGUUAAAUGCUUUGCCAAAUUUCCUAUUUCACUGUUGUAUGUUACCUGCACUGGCAGGCUUAGGUAUUUAGUUCCAAGGAAUACAAAGACAUAUAUACGGUAUAUAAUUUUGAAAACGACACAAAAUAUAAACAUUUUGUCAUGUGUGUUCCUUUACAAAUGUAUUUUUAAUCUCUAAAACAUUGUUUGUAGGACAUCUAUCGCUGCACGUACAAUGUGCGUACUAAGUAACUAAAUACUAAAUUCAUCAUUUAAAAAUAUUACCAUUUUGUCUAGUCUCCCUUACAACCUGACAAUCUUUCCCUUUUAGUAUUUAAGAUGAUCACAAAUCUCGGUCCAUCAUGGCAAGUCUUAUACAUUUAAGAAGUCUGUUUCUUGGAAUACUAGAAAGCUGGGCAAUCCAAAGGAUAGUUCUAGUUGUUGCAUGAGAAGGACUCUGCAAGUAUUUUAGCUACUUCUUACCAUGUCACAUUUACGUUACCCCAAUGUUUUUAUGACUAUGCCUCUUCUUUUAGUACACAAAUGAAUGGAACAUUUUUUAUUUUUAAACUUUUUUUUAAUAUAUUGGCAUCUAAAAUGUAAUUAUUCGGUAAUAAUUAUUCUGUAAAUAUAAUAUCCACUAAUGGACAGGUGCAAGUGUCUGUCAAUUAAAACUCACCUAGACAAAAGAGUAAAACACUAUGGUCGUGUUUACUCAUGUUUACAGAAGCUUAACUAAAUUGCAUGUUUGUGUUGGCUUCAUUCCUAGAGGGUCUGUCCAAUGAUCAACUGAGAAGUAAACACGCAUAAUAUUCAUGCAGUUGCUUAUUCUUCAGCUGCACAUUCAUUCUGAGGAAUAUCUUUUGCACUGAAUCUGUAGGUACUGUCUUAGACUGAGAUAUGGUGACUAAUAGUAGCCUCAUGUUCCUCUUCCUAGUGGCCUGGAGUGGAGCUCUGGCCAUCAGCUACUGCAGCACAUCCACAUCAAAGUCCAAUGUUUAUGCAUGCAGCAAUGCUCCUCUGCUUAGUACUGUCGUGAUGUGUUGUUAAUUUCGUUAUGGUUGACAUCCUGACCACUUCAACGAGUCUGCUCUUUCUUUCGAAGUCAUUAGCAAGACUUUUUAUUUUUUUUCAUUUUUUUAUAGACCAGUAGUUCCCACCGACAGUUAAGGAUUUAUGUAUUUCCUUGUUUUAUUCCAAUUGAGAUACUGACAAAACCUGGACCUUUGGUGGGUCCAGAGGACUGGUUUGGGAAACACUUGUAUAGACUAUUGACUGUUGAAGAACCCAGGAGAUUAGAAGUUUCUGAAAUACUGAAACCAAGUAUGUCUGGCAUCACUUAUCAUUUCACAAUCAAGGACACUUAGACCUAUCUCUCACAUGUUACAAUUUAGGUGGGACACUCCCUAUUUUGGGCCAAAUCCCUCUGGUCAGCCUUUCCUUUCCAAUGUCCCUCUUUUCUAGGAGCUUUAUAUUGUUGGCGUGUCUGCUGCGUAUAACAGAGCCACAGCAAUGACACUCGCAAUAAUGUGUAUUUAAACCACAGUAAAUCAGACUGUGUAAGUAAAAUACUUUGUUCUUUUUCUAAACUACAUUUUAGUUGCAUAAGUGAAGUAACAUUAAAUGUCCUGGAAUGGCCCUGCCUCCUGCCACACCCCUAUAAUUAAAGUGUCCCUUUUUGUCCAUUUUAAAUGUUGGAAGGUAUGCUUCAAUCACAUUUUUUUUUUUUUUUGGUUUGUUUUUACCAUUCUAGCUUUUUGCUUAAACAACUCAACCUCUCAACCACUUUGCAUGCUUUUUGUGCAUUGAGAUAAUGCUACAUGAUUGGCUGAUUAGAUGUUUGUAUUAACAAUAAUAACAUGGCCACUGAGUGUGUUUUGUAUAGAUGGAUAAACACACAUUAUAAAUGGUGUUUCCAGCAAAAUGGUCCUGUCUCCUAAAAAUGCCCUGUUCACUAAUCUUUCCUAUUCUCCCACCGUGGUAUCAGCCAUUUAAAGUGUGAAUUUGGAACUCUGCCUAACGAUGCUGUGAGAGGUUUUUAGUAAAAGCUAGUUUAUUCCACCCACUUGUAACAAUUGACUGGUGCCAUGGAUUUUGCUGACUGCAUUAAGAAGAUCUUUGCUUCCAAGCACAGUGGAAUAUUCCACAGAGUGAACAGCAUUUGUUUUCACUUGUUUAGAAAAGAAUUAAAAAAAAGGCAUGAUACAUAUGUCUUUUGUAAAAGAAUAGCACAGCUUCAGCUUUUAACCUCUUCAGUCAUGUAUGAAAGAAUCUGUAGAUAGACUGUUUGGGAUUCAUUUAACCCCUCACCCCUGAAUAAAAAUGAAACACUGGUUACUUAUAUGAAAGAAAGUUCUUAUUAGCUUCCUAAAAAUGUCCAUUUCGAGAUGAGCAGAAUGUAUUUCCAUUAAGACCAAGCACAUUCCAUACAUGUAAGUCAAGCUAGGACAAACAAUUAAACUGUAAAGUGAUAUUGGCAAUACAGAGCAGAAAGGAAACAGGAAUGUGAUACUUGGUGAGACACAUGUUGGGCUGCGGUUGCAUGUUCAUGGAGAACAAACAUGGAACUUACUUAAAAAAAAAAAAAAAAAGACAAAAAAAACCUUUGUAAAAAAAUAAUAUAAAAAGGAGGGUGUGAGUUUUGGUAAUACGAUACUAAAUACCGAUUUAUAAGAGAAGAUUUGAACAAGUCGUUGUAUGUGUUGACUUGUUACUUGCAAGCCAAAGAUGGCCUAAUCUGUGAGGACCUACCUCAUGUAUUUACUUUUAUAAUUAUGAUCUUUGGUUAUGUGAAGUGAACACAAAUCACCAGACACUGUGGUUCUCGCUCAAGACCAUUUACAUUGAAAGUCACAAAUGAUGUUUCCCGGAGGGCUCUUACAAGAGCCUUUAUCAAGCCAUGUUUUGUUUUGGGGUUUUUUGGAGGUGGGGGAGAGGGGUAGAGUUUGUCAGUGAGCCGUUUUUUGUUCAUUUUAAGUUAGCAGAAUUGAGCUUCUCUAGACCUUUGAGGUUAGAUACAGAGGGUUCUUUGGUGAUGAGUGUAAAUGUAGGACGAUUUGAGGAUUAAGCUUUUUUUAUUUUUUAAAGAUCAGGAAUGCGAUAUUUUGACCUUUUUGUGGUUCUAUAGAAUUUAGGGGAAAUGGAUACCUUAAUCGAUGGUUUUGGAGAUUUGAAGAAAUAAUACCUCGUGGCUGGUGGAAAUUUGGCAAAAUGGUGCAACUGUAAUGUCAUAUGAAAGUAAUCACUGGAGUCUGUAACAUGCAGUUGCAUAUCUCUGUGGAGGGAACUGUAUCAUUUUUGGUUAAUUUAAUUUUUCUUUUUUUUUCCAGAUUGUUCAAGAGUUGAAAAGCAGUGACAUUGCCAAAACAUUCCGAAAAGCAAUAAAUCGUAAAGAUGGAAUUUGCGCUAUUGGUGGCACGUCUGAGCUCUCCAGCGAAGGAACCCAGCAUUCCUACUCAGGUAUAGUCAUAUAAAAAUCACAGUCCUGCUCAAAACUCCUUUUUUGAUUACAGCAGUUGCUUGUGGAGUGCAGUAGGGGAAAAAAAUGCAAAUGAAGGUAUACAGACUGUUUUGUUUAUUUAUUUAUUUUUAAUAAAUUUUUAAUUUUUUAUUUUAAAGUCAAUCUGUUCUCAUUCCUUAUUUUUACAUCUGGUAGAGCGAUGCAGAAAAUGCAUGUGACAAAUGUAGGAAAUAAACAAAGAAACCAACAAAUGCAACAUACACUAUUUUUCAAUGCUAGUUUUUAAACCAAGCUUGGUUUUCGAUCACUGCUCAUGAACACUCUGAAAAUCCAUACAUAAACUCACUGGCUAGCACAUUGCCUGGUUCUGACAAAAUCUUGAUUUUUGUGUGCCAGUGAAACCAUAAGCACCCCCCUGCAUGUACAUUUCUGGUUCUGUUCUGAACUACUACUAUGGCUGCAAGUAAUUGGGUUUUAUUACCUUGGUCCUAAUGGCAACACAUGUGUAUAGACACAUGUACAAAUCCCAACAUUUACAUGCUAAAUGUGACUUCUUCAGUGUUGACCCAAUGUAUUAUGGGAGUGCGUGGGCAUAUGCUCAUUGACUGACAGGCAGUGCAGUACUGCCAGCAAACAGAUAUACACAUUUGCAUUAUUUACCUUGGUCAUUUUUUUCUAUUUUUCUGCUUGCUAUAUAGUAAUUUCUUCCCAAUGUCCAAUUUUACCCUAAAAAAGGUUUUGUUUUUUUGUUUGUUUUUUGAUUUCCAGAAGCAGAUUUUUUUUUUUUUUGUUCUUUCUUAAAUGAAGUAGCAAUUUUCUCAAGUCAGUAGAAAUGGAUUUCACAGUUACAAGCAGUGCUUGGUGUGUUCCACACUUGGAUUGGCCCACACUCGCAACAUAACCCGGCGACAUCAUUAAAUUUGCAGAUUUUUAGCCAAUCCAAUGCUAAAGCAUUGGAUUGGAUAAAAUCUGCAAAGGGGUGGGGCAAAACACUGUUUUGGCCAAUCAGCACCUUCUCAUAGAGAUGCAUUGAAUCAGUGCAUCUCUAUGAGGAAAAUCGACGUCCCCAUGCAGGGUGUGUGGACGUUGAACUGCAGCGCUGCCACCUGUGCAGCACUGAGCCAGGAAGCACCUCCAGUGGCCAUCUGAAGAGUGACCACUUGGAGGUGUCCCUAGGGGCAAUGUAAACGCUGCUUUUUCUCUGAAAAGGCAGUGUUUACAUGAAAAGGCCUGAAGGGAGCUAUUAUACUCACCAGAACAACUACAUUAAGCUGUAGUUGUUCUGGUGACUAUAGUGUCUAUUUAACCUCAGAAAAAGUAGUGGUCCUAGUGUAAAAAAUGAUUCUCAAUUGACACUGGUGGUGCCACAAUGGUCACAUUGAAAAGGAAAGUAAAACAAGGAGUCCUAACCUCAACAUCUGAGAAAAGGGAUUUAGGGGUGAUUAUUUAUGAUGACUUCCUAUGGACAGGCUGAAUACGCGCGGCUCAGUCGCGCAUGCACAUUCAGCCAAUGACGGAAGAAGAGGGAGGAGAGUCCCAGCGCCGAGGGAGCCCGGAACUUGAAAAAGGGAAGGGAUUAACCCCUUCCUCCCCCUUCAGCGCCACGGGAGUGGGACCCUGAGGUUGGGGGCACCCUCAGGGCACUAUAGUGCCAGGAAAACAAGCUCGUUUUCCUGGCACUAUUGUGGUCUUUUAACUAGAUAAAGAGAAUCAACAACGUAAAGGAGGAGACUAUAUUUAAAAGAAGAAAAACUACCACAACAAGAGGACAUAGUCUUAAAUUAGAGGGGCAAAGGUUUAAAAAUAUCAGGAAGUAUUACUUUACUGAGAGGGUAGUGGAUGCAUGGAAUAGGCUUCCAGCUGAAGUGGUAGAGGUUAACACAGUAAAUGAGUUUAAGCAUGCGUGGGAUAGGCAUAAGACUAUCCUAACUAUAAGAUAAGGCCAGGGACUAAUGAAAGUAUUUAGAAAAGUGGGCAGACUACAUGGGCCGAAUGGUUCUUAUCUGCCAUCACAUUCUAUGUUUCUUAGACGACAUGCCAUUUCUAUUUCCUAAAAAAAAAAUCUAGCAAACCAAGAAAUUACAAAGAGAAAUGUAGGCAACCCAGAUAAAAAUGUGUUGGAACAAGCUUUUGGUCUCUGCAUAAAAUUAUGAAUUUUAUUUUUUUUUAGAGGAGGAAAAAUAUGCCUUUGUAAACUGGAUUAACAAAGCUUUGGAGAAUGACCCAGACUGCAAACAUGUUUUGCCAAUGAAUCCAAACACCAAUGAUUUAUUUAAAACUCUCGGGGAUGGCAUCGUACUUUGGUAAGUUGGUUUGUGGAGGAUUUGUUAACUGGUGCUAAACUAUGCGGUAAUAAAAAUAUCAUUCCGAAGUCCACCUCCUUAUUUAAGUAAUUUUUCACAUGAGUUUGAACAAGUGUUAUAGUAAACAUUGAGGCUUGCCAUCCUCUAAGAGACAGAAAACCUGCAUUCAAGAACCUACUAGUCCCUUAUUACCAGCCGUAGAAUUUCAGGAGACACGCAGGUCUCUACAUUAUAUAGCUCAUGACAUGAAUGAAAGGAUGCAGGCAUUGCAAAACAUAUCAGUAGCAAUGUACAGAAUAGAGAACAAACAAAUAAAAACAAGAGAAAAUCAAGUUCCCUAGGAGUUUCCUUUGUUGUUGACAUAGUAGUAAUAGGGCUUGGCUCACUUACAUCGUGAUAACAUACAGUCAUAGGGUAAAGAGGGGGAGGAAAGAUGAUUCCAAUUUAUAAUGCAUUGAUCCACUGUACAAAAUUCUGUUCUCAAAUUAUUAAUGUAACUUGCAGAUAAAGAAACCCUCCAUUCAGCAGAAUGCUGGACUAAUAAUUAAACACGGGUAACAAAACAUUGUGUUUGAUAAAACAAUGUCAUUUUAUUCUCACUCUCUGGGGUAACUGUUGGGUUUGACACAGAAUUUGAAGAAUAAACUAAAUGUUUGGUGCUAAUUUCAGAUUUUACUACGUUUUAUUUUGUUUCACUCUCGUAGUUAGUGUUAUCAACGCACAUUAUUCUGUAAACGCCAAAAAAAAAAAAAUUGGCUUCACUGUUGCCGUACCGGUUUUGUAUAGAAAGGCAUGUCAUCACUAAUAAUUCUAGUAUGAAUAUAUAUAUGUAUGUAUGUAUGUGUGUGUGUGUAUGUAUAGUAUAUGUAAUAGAAUUUUAUCUUGUUAUUUUUAGUAAAAUGAUCAACUUGUCUGUUCCUGAUACAAUUGAUGAAAGGGUAAUCAACAAGAAAAAAUUAACGCCAUUCACGAUUCAGGUAAAUUAUCAAGAUGUCUUCUAUCUGUGUAACUCUGCACUUUUCAGUAAUAUUUAUAUACAACCUCUACCUAUGUUUCACAAGUUCUACCCGCAAAAUUACAAGUUAAAUUUGUUGCCAUGUUUUGUUACUGUAUGCUCUGCGUGUAACUAUCUCUGGGAGCUCAGAGCUAGACUUAGUGUGCUGCUGCACCUACUGGAGGCAUUUGUGUCCCCUCCGUAUUGUUUGACAUCAGACAUGCUGUCAACAGGUAGAUAUUGUAUUGAAGAAUGUUCUGUCGAUGAGUGAUCAAGUGCCAGUUUCACACUCCAUUUAUUUACUCCUUCAAAUGAAUAGUCCUAACUAAACAACUGUAUGGUGGAUUGCCUGUGUGCAAGCUUAAACAGUGUUUGUGUUAUUGAAAUUUUAGGAUGGAGAGGGUGAUAAUGAAAUUUAGGUUUGUUUACUUUAGAUAUUUUUUUUUUUUUUACUUUUUGUAACUCAUGCCCUGUUUCAGAUCUAAGGGUAAAAUUCAAAAUUUCCAAAAUGCUGCAUAAUUCAUAUGCAGCCCUCUCAAGUCCUUAGUGCUAUCCUUUUUGGAAUUGCAGCCUUAUGCUGAAGCCACGUUUCUAUUAUACUGAUCUCAUCAUUACUUAGAUUACCGAUAAUCUAUCCUGAGUGUUCUAAUGGAAGUCAUGUUCAUUUAUUUAUUUAUUUUUAUUUAUUUUUUUGGUACUCUUGCAGGAAAAUUUAAACCUUGCACUGAACUCUGCCUCUGCCAUUGGGUGUCAUGUGGUCAACAUUGGAGCAGAAGACCUGAAAGCUGGGAAACCUCACCUUGUGCUUGGGCUUCUGUGGCAAAUCAUAAAGAUCGGUUUGUUUGCUGACAUUGAACUGAGCAGGAAUGAAGGUAAAAGGUUUUUGUUGUUUGUUAGAACAUGUUGACAAAGGUUAAAUAUGGACUUUUUACCUUUUGAAAUUGCAUAAAAUGAUAGGAUUGUUGUGUGUGAGUGUACAUCUAGGUGUGUAGUAUUUGCAUGUAGCCCAAAUGAAUUGCAUUUCCUGCUUUAAAGCUAAUUACUGCUGCAAUCUCAUGUGACCAAUUCCUAGUCCCACACAUGCAAACAGUGCAGUACAUUAAAAAUACGUACAUUUAUGAUGCUGAGUGUUGCAAUUCUGUAGUAAUAAAAAGUGUUGUAAUCCUCACUAGCUUUUAGUUUGCCUUGAUACACGAGGAAGAAAAAAUUAUAGAAAAUAAGAAACGUUAAAUUUUCAAAACACAUACUGUAGGUCUGGUCUAACUUUCAAGGCAUUCUAGGGGAUUACACCAUUUUUAAAAUUUCAAUAAAACAGGAGUCCUGUUCCUGAGAUUUGAGGGACCAAAGUAUGCGUGAAAAAUGAGAAUUCCUAUUUUAUAUUUUGCGUAACUCUGUAUUCAUUGACCAAAUUUUCAUGUAUAACCGUUAUUUCCCCCGAUGCCUUUAUUAUUUACCAAUCAACUGUCCCAGAGAAUUAGUCGCCAUUUUGUAUAACAAAUGUUCCUUUUAUAUCCAGCUUCCCAUAGUUUUUAGCAUUUGUUUUGUUUCAGGAAAAACAAAAUUCACUUUACUGCAUAUUGGCAAUUACACAGCAUACCUGAACGUAUACCUCAAAAUGUGACUCCAGACAGCUUUGUUUAGGAUACAAUGGCCAAACUAGAACUGCCCCCCCAACCAAGACCACAAUGAUAGAAAGAACAUGUUUUGUUUAAGAAUAUUCUCUAAUCAAAAUUCUGCAUCAAGGUAAAUCCUAGACUAGCAAUCCACACCGCUUGAAGGCAAAAUCUCUGAGACAGAAAGGGGUUUUUAUAUAACCCCCUACACACAUGGGGUGGGCGGCAGUACUUUUGGGAACACAGCUCUGUAAUACAGAAGCAAAUACAAACACACAACACUUUGCAUUAUUUCAGCUCUUGCUGCUUUGCUUCGCGAGGGGGAGACCUUGGAAGACCUUAUGAAAUUAUCACCCGAGGAACUUCUUUUGAGAUGGGCUAAUUUCCACUUGGAGAAUGCAGGCUGGCAGAAAAUUAACAACUUCAGCUCCGACAUCAAGGUAAUAUUGAGAUCUAAAAUACUUUGUAAACAUCCCUGUUAAAUAUUGUUUGACGAUGGCCGUAGUGAGUUCACCCUUUCAAUCAUAAUGGUCCACCAUUGGAUAGCUAGGUGUGGAAUUCCUUUAACUCAGACUUGGCAUCUCUGGGCACUAAUCACAUAGGGCAUCAUAAUGUGGCUGUGAUUUCUAACUUUAUUCCAUAUUUAUUUACCAUCCAACGAGGUCGUGAAGACCAAGGAUUCUGAAAUUAUAGAACAUAUAGACACAAAUGUCGAGAAAUUAUUUAUGCUUACCAUAUUUCCUAUAUGUUAGGAUUUUUGACAUUUAUAGUUCUUUGUUAAACUAAUACAUUCAUUUUCUUUCCUUUUUCUCUAAUGCAUUCGGUGGAUUUUCUGGGGCUUUUCCUUUUCUCCUUACUUUUUCUGUUCAGCUUACUGACUUUGGUAAUUCAGUAAAGGUAUAUAAUUUAUACUGUGUAUUAGCAACUGAAUGAAGAAUGAAAAGUGCCUAAAAUAGGCCUAUUAAGAGGAGGCUCACUGCAUAUAUAAAUACCGUUUGCUUGUUCAAUAUUGGGAUCCCAGGACUUUGUCAUUAUUUCCCUAUGUAAAUAAUUCAUGUAAUUGCUUUAUUGUCCCUAAUAAAAGGUUUAGCUGUAACUCUAUUGCAAAGGAUUCAUUGAUUUUACAAAUGAGUAGAUUUGGUCAGUGUUCGAUAUGGACCAAUAAAGGGGGUUAACCCACUAGAAGCAUUUUUUUUUUUAGAAUAUUAUGUGUGUAGUCGGGUAUGUUGGACUCUAUUUUGCAGGCCUUGUAUACUACAUACUCAAAAAAAUGAAUGUAGUUGAAGUCUUAAAGUACAAUGGUGUACUGGAUGUCAUAUGUACUCUUUAAUACAUUGCAGGACUCAAGAGCGUACUUCCAUCUGCUUAACCAGAUUGCACCAAAAGGGCAGAAAGAAGGCGAAGAACGAAUUGACAUUAGUAUGUCUGGAUUCAAUGUAAGUGUCUAAGUAACAUCCUUAGUAUUUUAUCUUUUUGGAAUGUUCGGAUUUCCUGUAAUUGUUAGAGAUAGUUUUAACAUUAUAUUUCUCUCCAUCUGAAAGGGAAACUCCAAUGCUAAAAUAUAUAUAUAUAUAUAUAUAUAUAUAUAUAUAUAUUUUUUUUUUUUUAAACACAGUUUAGUAGAUAUGCAACAGUGUAAACAUGCAUGCAUUUAAUUAUGAUUUUUUAUUUUCAUUGGGGGCAUGUCUGAAAAGCUUGCGCAAGUUGCAGCUCUCUUGGCUAUAGUCUUUGCAAGCCCACCCCUUUCAACCCCACCCAGACUUUCUGUGGCUGUCCAAUCACUGACUUACCAAUGCAGCUCAUUGAGAAGUCUUUGCAAGGCAGGUGCUCUGAGCAAUUGCUGCCUCCUGAGUUUAGCUCCACUGAGCUAACCAAACCAGGAAGUUAACAGGAUUAUCUGAUUGAACGCCUGGUGGUGUAAAUGUGCCAGCUUCUAUUUAAAUCUGCACGUUUUGGAAAAUGGAAAAAAAUAGGACAUACUCUUCACAUAUAAAACAUGUCGGCAAGCUAAAGUGCUCAGGGGAUCUAGAGUGUUCCUUUAAGCAAUUGAACUGUGCAGGAAUAGUUUGUGUGGGAUAGGACUGGAUGGCAAUCAAUAGCACAUCUAUGAGUUGUCAAAUAUUUGCUCACAGUAUACACUAGUUUAGUAUGAUAAACUCACCAGAGCUUUGCUAUUUUGAAAUAUAUUUAUAUGGUUUACAGUCAGGGUUCUUCACUUAAGUUAUAUUUCAAGUCAGCUAUGCUACCAGUGUAGCUACUUUGAUCUUAAAGGGAAACUAUAGUGCCAGUAAAAAACAAACUAGAUUUCCUGACAUUAUAGCUUCCCCCCUUUGUCAAGGACUCCCCUCCUUCGUGGUGCAGAAGGGUAACCACCUCUGUCACUUACUUGGCUCCAGCGCUGAUGCCCCUAGGUGCUGGCUGUGCUCUGCCCACGCUCUCCCUCACCCCCACUGCUGACUUCAGCUGGCAGGGGAAACCGAAGGCCGUGCUCGAAUUAGGAUUUCCAUGUAGGAACUUAUUCCAUGUUUUCCUAUAAGGAGACAGCCACUAGAGAAGGAGUUAAACCUAGAAGGUAAUUAUUGCAGUCUAUAAAAAAAAAAAAAAAUGUACAUGCUCAUGGUUAAGGGUGAUGGGAGAUUGCACCCAGAACACGCAAAUGAGCUGAAGUGGUCUGGGUGCCUACAGUGUCCCUUUAAACUUGAACAAUUGUUUAUUAAAUAGUGGGUUUUAUAUUCUAAAAUAUGUGUGCAUAUAUUCUUCAAUUAUUCAUGUUGUCUGUGCAAAACAACCUUUUCAUUUUUUAUAUUGUUUGUUCCUAUUGAAUUAUUUAAUGUGCAGGAAAUCUCAGAGGGUUGCUAUUAGCAUGACACUGUACAUUUAUUUAUAAGUCUGUAAAUGCAGACUAAAAAUUUACACAUUUUGGGAUCUUUCUAGAACAGGCAUAGGCAACCUUCGGCACUCCAGAUGUUGUGGACUACAUCCCCCCAUAAUGCUCUUACACACAAUGCUGGCAAAGCAUCAUGGGAGGUGUAGUCCAAAACACCUGCAGUGCCAAAGGUUGCCUAUGCUUGUUCUAGACACUGAAUGAGUGAGUUCAUUAUGUUCUAUGAAAUCUGAUUUUAUAGGUGAGUUUUCAGUAUGAUUUUAGUGGUCCAUGGAGAGCCUCAGUUGGUGCGCACACUGAUCAGGCACUCACUUGUCUAUACUGGACAUACUUGUGUCGCAUGCAAAGAGAUUCACGAUCCUGCUGUAUCUCAGUUAUCUGAAAAACAAGCUUAUGUUUCACAUACAACAGACAGAGGGUUGGUGACCCAGAACGACCUGCAGUUUCUAUAUAAUUCUUGCAGAAAUCAAUUUUUGUUUUUUAAAGUAUUUUUACUGAAAGUUCCUGCAAAACAUUGGUGUCCAAAUCUGAUUUUCAAUGUUUGGUUCAGAACAUAGCUGUUCUGUUGAGGUUACUCCCAUCACCAGACUUUCCAGCAAGGGUGAGGGUGGGGUGUGGGGGAGGAUGGAGGGGAAGAAGGGCUAGGAUAAGCAAAUGCCACUACGCGAUGGCUCAUAUAUUUUGAUCUGGUAGGUUUGGUUUAGACAACGUUGAAGGUACCCAAACCAUGUAUACAAAAAGCAGAUUUCCUUUUAAAUAUGCAUCCCUGCAGUUUCACAUCCAAUAGUAUCUCAUGUCCAGUUCUGCACUGCUUGCAUACAUAUAGUGCCACAUUCCUAACUAUAUUUCUAUUACAAAAAAAAAAAAAAAACUCUAAAUAACGCAAAAAAAUUUCAAAUCUUUGGUUUCCAUAGUGACAGCUCUGUAUCCAUCUAUUUUAAAUAUCCUCUUUCCAUCCAUCCAUCCUAAUUAUAGCACUAGCUUUGAGAAUUGCUUCUAUUGCAUGGGACAUAGUUACCUGAUCAUUAUGUACUAUUUUGAGCGAUAUUUAAAAAGUUGGUCAUAAGAGUCGGUCACUUUUAAAGUUUGCUGUUCAUCCUGGUUACAUACAGGUUUUACUUUGUUUCAACAGGAAAAGGAUGAUCUGAAGCGAGCAGAGGACAUGCUCCAGCAGGCAGAUCGACUGGGCUGCAGGCAGUUUGUCACUCCUGCUGAUGUUGUUAGCGGAAACUCCAAAUUAAAUUUGGCCUUUGUAGCAAACCUGUUUAACAAGUACCCUGCACUUACAAAACCAGAGAACCAGGACAUUGAUUGGACACUACUAGAAGGUGAGAUAUUGCAUGACAUCAUUUCAUCAGAUGUCACAAUAUUCUGGAACUGUGACCAUUCUGUACAUUUCAAAAAAAUAUAUUUUCAUUUCAGCAAAUUUUCUUUACAAGUAGAAUAUCUUCUUAAACAAUGUAUAGAUACUGACAAGUUCCAUUUCAUGCAGAUUUAAGGAGGUGCUAUAGACACUUUCUUACAAACCCUGGUCCCGCCUCUACCUACCGACCUUGUGUCCAACCCAGAAACCUCUCCAAUCUUAUAUCCAUCCCAUGUACUUCUCCUUUUAAGCAUUCCUUCCAUUCUGCUCUAUGGAAUGCACGCCCUGUAUGCAACAUAAUUAAAUCUACUUCUAUCCAUGACUUAUUCAUCUCACGCUCCCUUAACUUACUUGCUUUAACUGAAACUUGGCUCUCUCCUUCUGACACAACUACUCCAGCCUCAUUAUCCUAAGGUAGUCUACAGUUUACGCUCAACUGAAGACAGUCUGACAGUAAAGGUGGUGGUGUAGGGAUUUUUCCUUUCUCCCCACUGCUCCUUCAAACCUCUACACCCCCCCCCCCUUCCCUCUUUUUCUCCUCCUUUGAAAUUCUCUCAAUUAGCUUAUUCAAACCCAUAUCUGUAAACAUUGCAGUUAUUUAUCGGUUCCCAGGCUCUCCUCGUCUCUCUUCCUUGACCAUUUUGCUGCCUGGCUUCCUAACUUCCUCUCAAGCAACACCCCGUCCCUAAUUCUAGGGGAUUUCAACAUUCCCAUUAACCCACCCUUGUUCUCAGUAGCCUCAAAACAUAUUUCAAUCACCUCCUCCUUUGGGCUGUCGCAAUGGGCUAAUUCUCCCACACAUGUAGCUGGCAAUACCCUAGAUCUUAUUUUUUCAAAUGCAUGCUCAGUCUCCAAUCUCUGUAAUACGCCAUUUCCUCUAUCAGACCACCACCUCCUAUAAUUUGUUCUCGAGUGACCCCACACCCAAUACCCUCAACCUAACCCCCCCAUAACUGAGGAAUCUGAAUUCUCUUGACCUCCAGCAACUCUCAGCUGAUUGCCGUUCCAAACUCUCAUCCAUCCCUACCUCCUCCUUUCCCUCUCUGGCUAUCUCCUCAUAUAAUGCUACCCUCACCUCUGUCCUAGACGCUGCAGCACACUCCUCAAGGAGGGCAUGCAUCCAACCGUGGCACACUAAGUCAACCCGCCACCUGCAGAGAUGCUCCCGUUCAGCUGAAUGCUGCUGGAGGAAGUCUUGCACCUUGUCAGACUUUCUACACUAUAAAUUUGUCUUGUGCUCAUACAGUGCAGCCCUCACCCUUGCUAAACAGUCCGACUUUUCUUUUCUCAUUUGUUCAUGCUCCCGCAAUCCUAGGCAUCUUCUCGCGGGUGGCUCCUUUCCUUUGGAACAGACUGCCUCCUGCGGUCAGACUCUCCCCUAGUCUUCAAUCCUUUAAAAAGGUCCCUCAAAAUCCAUCUUUUUAGGAAUGCCUAUGGCCUCCAAGAGUAACUUCUCUCUGAAACCUUCCUCUCGCUCUCUCCUAUAGGGCCACACUCCACUCUCACCUCCAUUCUGCUACUUUCCCACCAUGUUUAUUUGCUGUCUCUCACAAUACCCUUCCUAUUGUGUAUUUAUACCCCACUUCCUCUAGACUGUAAGCUCGUUUGAGCAGAGUCCCCAACUACCUAUUGCUUCUGUUACAUUUUGUUAUUGUCUCAUUUGGUAAAUUCCCCUCUUAUUGUAAAGCGCUGCGAAAUAAGCUGGCACUAUAUAAAUACCAAUUAUAAUAAUAAUAAUUCAUGUUAACAUUGAAAUGCUACUGGGCUUUUUACAUUAGGGCUUGUAUUCAUGUAUUUGGAAAUUUGGUUUGGAGAUAAAUCCACAUUGAUAUCAACAAGAAAUCAUCUUGGGAGAUUCCUGAGGCUGUAGGAACAACAUUCUCAUUUUGAAAAGCAGUGUAUUUUUUAAGUUUGACAUGUCCCUUUAAUAGGUUAGAUUACUACCACUUUAAAAAGAUAAAAUAAAAAAAUAAUAUAAACAUUAAAAACACAGUGCUGUUAUAAAGGCAAGUAAUUAAACUGAGACUCCUCACUGCAGCCUGAUCUUCCUAUUGGGAAAUCAUGUAGCUUGAUGACUUUUGUCAAAUCAAAUGCUUCUCGGAGAAGCAUUGCAGAUAUACAAAACAUUCACAGCUAUUGUGGCACACUUACAAUUCAAAACUUAGUUCUGAGAAAUAUGUAACCCACUGUUGAAUGCUCACUCUGCUACCAGCAUUUUGCAUACUGAUGUUGGACAUAAAAUAGAUUCAAUUAUUGUAUCAAUUGUAGCCCAUCGCUCGCAGCUUCUGUGUGAUUAUUAGUUACAAAAAGAAAACCUUGCCAUUUCUCAGAAAUCACAUUAUUUUAAAUUUAGAGCUACAGGGACAACAUCAUGCUCAAAAAUGAAGUGAUGUUGGGGCUUAGAAUGUCCUAUCAAACUUAGUUCAAGGGAGUAUCACUGAAACUGUACUUUAAUUUCUAUUAAUGGAGAAAUAUCAUAAAAUAUAUUCGUAUCUCAAUAUAAUCUUGGAUAUAAUUGACCAUUCCAUUUUUACAUUGGAAUUUUACAAUAAAUUAACAAAUCAAUCUUUUACACUUCCUUGCUCACAACCAUGUUUAUGUACCUUCGGUCAGAUUUUUAACUAUCUAUCCGUGGGAAACAUUUCUGUACUCAUUGCUUUUCAGAUAUUAUUUCUGCCUGCAUCAUUUUCCUGUUAAAUUAUUUAAAAUGUGCAUGUACCUUUCACGGAUAUUCUUUAAUAUCAGACAUUCUCUAAUACAUUGGCAUUGCUUAGCCGGCAUUACAGCACAAUUUAACUGUAAUUCUAGAAGGAGAUGGUGAGAUGCAUUACCUGUCAGACUGUACAUUAGCGCCAUCUACUGGUGAAUUGCUAUAUUUACAGUUGCUUGGUCCCAUAAAAUACGUGAUACCUAACCGUAAACUAAUUAAAUUAAUUACUUAAGUUUUUUUCCACCCCAAUCUUCCAUUCUUUUGUAUUUCUUUUCUUUUUUUUUUCUUUUUUUUUAUAUUUUUUAUAUAAUCUUCGAUUUGGUUUGUGGACUGUUUACAAUAAACAUCUUAGUGAGGUUGCUUAAUUUCGUUUUAUUUUUCUCAGGAGAAACUCGAGAGGAAAGAACAUUCCGGAACUGGAUGAACUCUCUUGGCGUUAACCCUCAUGUUAACCAUUUGUAUGGGUGUGUGUUUGCUCUUAAAAAUAACUCCAUACGCAGGACAUUCUGAUAAUCAAAAAGUUUAUACCUUCAGGAAACACAAUUUGGUUUUAGUGAAUUUUUUUCUAAAUCCAGAACCUUUUGUGGUUUUCUAAUCCCCAUUUGGCUAGUGUAGAAUCCAACAUAAUAUUUCUUCUGUUGGGUAUUGA